CUGAUAUGUAAAACCAUCUUUUUUCCAUGAUUGUAUGUAUUUAUCCUGCCACCAACCUGUAACAAAGGGUUACAGACUGGAGACACAAUGUUGUUUUUGCUGUACUGUUUUUAUUCAUUAAUCCUCCCCCCCUGUUAUUUAUUUUCUCUAUUUAAGUUUGCCUAACCUCUGUUCUUUAUUUUUAUUUCCUGGUGUACCUGUGUCCCAAUGCAGGGAUGCCACAGUGUAAGCCCGUGCAAUGCAGAAAAUGUAAGUGGUGAUGUAUCUGCAUCCUUUGCUUGCUGCAUCCUGCUACCAUCCAGUAUUCCAUCCCAUCAGCCUGGUCUUAAGAGCACUGGUUAAAAUCCAAUCAUUGACCAUUGACAUCCUAAAGUGCCUUUUGUCUUAUAAAAUUUUCCAUACCAAGAAAUUAUUCAAGACUGCCAGUCUUUGGUCAGAAAUCUGCAUGUAAAUUGUCCUUUGUGAAUGGUGUUGCAGCAUGCAAUAAUUCACUUUUUCUGGAUUUGAUGGUAUAGGUAAAGAGCAAUAACAUGGGGGAACCUAAUAAUCGUGUAGGGCAGUGAUAGUCAACCUGGUCACUACUGCCCACUUGGUGGGUGGUGGUGGGUUUUAUCCACAACCCUUGGUUGUCCCCCACAACCACAUGCUCCGCUCAGGCUCGUGCCGGCCUCCAGCCAUUGAGAGAGUUCUCACAAAAAUGUCCAAUCUGCAUUGCAUGAACUCCUCUGUUUACUAAAUCUCUCUCGAUGGCUAAAAGGAAGGGCACGUGCGGCUGCACUCCUGUUCGGGACAGACGAGGGCGUGAUGAUGUAACAUGUCAGAAGAGGAGGGGAGCUUAUGCACAUGAUGUGAAAGCAGGGACAGAAAGAAGUGUGGAAUUUAGAGUGGCUGAUAUUGAACUUUGGCAAACUAAGUUCUGUUAUUUUCCAUUGACCAACUAAGUUCUGUUAUAUCUGUUUACAUGGUUUACUUAACAUAAAAUAAAAGAAAGAAGGAAAAGAAAAAUAAGUAAAGGAGAGAAUAAAGUGAAAGGAAAAAGAGACCCCUGAUAUAUAUAUUCAUUUCAUUUUUUUUUUUAAUAAUAAUAAAGUGGGCUAUCUAGUUGAGCCUUCCUGUUGGUGAUUGCAAUAAGGAUGAAGAAAAGAUAAGAAGGAAGAAAAAAAAAUAAAGAAAGGAAAAAAAGAGAAUAGAAAAAGGAAAAAAAAAUAGAAAAGGGGAAUGUCUUUUUAUGGUGACACAUAAUAAAAAUGUCCACCUAAUACAGCGUUGUUGGUGUUUGCAAUAAAAAUAAAAUAAAAAUAAAGCGAUGUUGGCAGUGGAGUGGGGGGCAGAACUUGGUAAGAGUAAAAGCAGUUAUUAAAUUGUGCAACAAAUUUAGAACCCAUGUUUCAAACAAGAAGUAAAAAGAUACAUUUACAUACAUAUUUUUUAAGAAACCAUCCUUUUUAAAAAAAGGUUUCGCACUUGAUCUACAAAAUUGAGUCAAUGCGGCACCGGUCAGCUGUAAGGAAAUCUUACCAUCAAAAAAGACACAUAAGUGGGCGGUAGGUAAUAAAAGAUUGACUACCCCUUGUGGAGGGCAUGUAGUGGCCCAAAGGAAGAUUGUCAGAUAUUGUAGAACUUCAGCUUCCAUGAUGCACUAACCGUUAGAAUAGCUAACUGCAAUAGAAGUUGUAGUUUCCCUUUUGGGCACCUCUAAAACAAGGAAACUGUGUUGCUUUUCUUUGCUUAACCACACCUUAACAUGCAUGAAGACGAGAUCUGAGGGAUCCUGAAUGCUUACAAUGUAAAUCUAAUUAGUUUGUGGCUGCUUAAUCUGUGUACAAAUUAUCUGUCCACCACCAUAACAUUAGUGUUGUCAAUGCUGAGCAUAACCCCAAUUCACUUUCUAUGCAAAAUUGCUAAAUUAAUUGUCAAUUGUUGAACAUUCUGUGAAUGAAACACCAGGUAUACAGUUUUUACAUAUAUGAAUCCUAUUUUGUGUCUUAAAGGACCACUAUAGGCACCCAGACCACUUCAGCUCAAUGAAGUGGUCUGGGUGUCAGGUCCAUCUAGGGUUAACCCUGCAGCUGUAAACAUAGCAGUUUCAGAGAAACUGCUAUGUUUACACUAGGGUUAAUCCAGCCUCUAGUGGCUGUCUCAUUGAAAGGCGCUUCUGCGCUUUUCACUGUGAAAAGCACAGCGAGAAGACGCUGACGUCCAUAGGAGAGCAUUGAGAAAUGCUUUGUGUUGGACCGAUUGAAUGCAUGCAAAUUCGGCGCUGACGUCUGAAGAGGAAGGAGCGUUCCCCAGUGCCGAGGGGACCUAAAGACCCUAUAGUGCCAGGAAAACAAGUUUGUUUUCCUUCACUAUAGUGGUCCUUUAAGUGAGCAAAUAAAAUUCUGGAAACUGUCAUGUACAUGAACCAUGUUCUUCUCUCCAACUUCCAAAAAAAUAUGUACUGUAUUGCUGUACCCAGGAGAUGUAUAUGGGUUUUAUAUAAAAACAUUGAGAGAAAGUUAUGUAUUUUUAUUUUUGUCCAUUCUGUCUUACUGCUGCAAUUUUUACUUCAUAGAAUGCAUGUGGCUUAAGUGGCUGCAUAUAUCAAAGCAGAAUCAAUAUAUUUUAAAUGUAUCUUUUAAAUAAGAAAAACGUAUUUAAUUUAUUUUGUUAUCGUGCCUAUUUGAAAUUGCAACGUGAGAUUACAUCGCAUACAUUAUUGCCCGUUAUAUAUUUUGCUACCUCACUGAAGUGAAACCGUUUAACACUGACCGGUAAUACAGAUGAAGUAGUAAUGGUGCCCAGCGUGUUUCUUUAAUAAAUAUAUUUGUAUUAGUUUAACAUUUAUUAUGGUCAUUAAGAUUGAUCUUCAUAAAAUUGCUGAACAGAUAUCUUUUCAUUUAAGUGAGGCAGUGAUAGCUGUAAUACUGUAACUAUAAGCUUUGCAUCGCUUCCAGAUCCUGUUGCCUCGAUCCUCUGUUUAUUUUCCCCAUGCCUACAGAAUGGGACAUCUCUUUCUGGAAUAGCACGUGUGCAUGCAUACUUGAGUAUUCCCUUCAUGGUGUUGUACACAUGCAUGCAUGCUCAUUGCACCAUCAAAGUUUAAACUGAUUUACAUCUUGUUCCUCUUCAGCUGACUGUUUCAGAGCACUUGCGAGAUUUAAAAGUAGUUUGUGAUGUCCAUAUUUUUCAAAUUAAGUGUAUAGUACAUAGAACACCAUUAUUAGUGCCAUUGUAUACAGGAAGAUUUGAGCAUUGAAUCAUAUGCUCUUUGUUUUUUUUGUUUUUUUAAAGAUAAACAAAAAUAAACAUAAUGUUGCUUGGUUAGGUCUCUGAGCGGAAUGAGUGGGUGGCCUAAUGGGUGGGUGGCUAAGGAAAUACGUUUUCUCUAUGCAUAUUCUUGCCCAGAAAAAUGCACAUAUCAUAGUGAAUGCGACAAGCUGUCAAGUGUCUCUUCAGUGUUCCAACUCCUUACUGACUCUUCUGUGAUACAAAACACAGCCAUUUUCUACAACACUCUGUACACUCUCUAAUUUUUUAACUGAGCUGUAUAGGCUUGAAGUUCACAAUAGUGAGGACCGAGAUAACCCUUGACGAUCCGUGAGGGGCGGGGGUAUGGGAACUAUGGAUAUAUCUGUGCAGCAACAAGUACUGAAAUCAAGCAGGACAUUUAAUGUUUCUCCUGUCAGCCUAGCCAGCUAGGCCCUGGGUUCUGCAAGUCAUAUGAAGGCCCAGACAGAAGGUAAGAUUCCAUCUCCGAGUUCCAUUCAGCCUAGGUUAAGAUUGGGGCUAAAAUACAAAAAUGUUUGUUAAAAUAGCUUGAAAACACGUCUUACUGCCUUCUUCUAUUCGGCAUGACUGCCAAACCCUGCCCCACUGUACAGUUUUUUUUUAUACAGUCUAUAUGGAAGGCUUCCUUGCUUGGAUGCAAUGGUAACUAAACUGUUAGAGGUCAGGCUGCAGUUGACCUAUCUGUUUGGAACACUGACAGCCCCAGACAACCUCAGCUUAAUAUUUUACCUAUAUUCUGGCAACAUAACAGGGUUUAGAGUCUCUUUGUUACUGCUCUUUUAUAUCCUUAAAGGGACACUGUAGACACUAACUGCUCCAUCUCACUGAAAUGUUUCUAGUGUCUGAAAAUAAAUGAAUUCCUCCUGUAGGCUCUCUAUAGGCCAUGGACCUGCAUCCCAGAUGAAGUUCUACUUUCCCAGUGUGUCUGUUCACUAGCCGCUGCCUGCCGCUGCCUGCGGGCAGUGCAUUCCAUGGACAGAAAGGAUAUGAGUGUCAGGCCAUGAUUCUCUGUUCCAGUAGGCGUCUCAUUUUAUCAUGAAAGACGUUCUGUACAAGUCACAUCAUGAGAAUAUGUUGGAGUUGAACAGUCAAUGCAGAUUUAUCCACAGAAUUAUUAUUUUUUCCCUCCAUGCACAUGUUAUCAGAUGAAUAGUUUAAUUUAAAGGAACACAUACUUUAUCAUGUGACUGACCCUUGAGAAUUGAUAGCCUUUCGCUUUUGUAGUUCUCUAUAACUAGCUAGAAAAAUAUUGCUGGCUUGUAUUAAUUGUAUGUCAGAUUUAAAUACAAUACAAUAGUCUUUUAUUAAAUUGACAAUUCCUCUGGUACAGUGAGCUUUUGUCAGCACUUAUGAUUUGUGUAGCAAUGAAUGUUUAAGAUGCCCUCUGAAAAAGAAUUGAAUGAAACAUUUUUUUUUGUUGGGUUUUUUUGGAACAUGAAUUUGCAGCAGCAGAUUUAUCCUUUAGUUCAUUUACCCAGCUUCUCUUGGGUAAAUAUGAUUGCAUCAUAUAUAUUUAAUUAAUCGGUGUUGAAAUGUAGAGGAUUGCUAAUAAUUAGUAUAUCUAUCAGGAUGGUAUCAGUGAUCACAUUUAAAAAGAGAUAAAAUGCAGUAAAUUCCUGAGAAGGGACAGUUUUCCUUUAAGCCGAAGACGCUUCAUUGUCUGAUGCAUGUCGUUUAUGGUCAUGCAUUGACAUCAUCCUCUACUACAUACUACACCUAUUCUAAUGUUCUCAAAAUGAGAGAGACAUUUUUUAAAAUAAGAAAGAACGUGUAUGAAAAUUACAGCAUAUUCAGUGUUUAUUAUCAUGCUAAAUGCUGUCUAUGAGACAUUUAACAAUUUUGAUAUGAUCACAAUAACACUCUUUAACACUUUGUAGCAGCAUAAUUAUCAUUAUUAAAUAGUUGGAAAAGGGUCCUGUACCUUAUGUUAAACACUUGUUUUGGUAAUUACAAUCUUGUUAAAGAGGAAUUCUAGCCUCUUAAAAACCAAUGACAGAAUAAUUCCAUCAUCCAGAUCUUUACCAGUAACGAUCAUUUCUCUGCUGGUUACUGGAAAAUCCUAGGUAUUGAUACCUGGAACUGCCCUCUCUCAGCUUUGGGCUACAAAUGAGCUCAGCACUCCGCAUUCAAACAGUCAAUAGGAGAGCAUUUCUCAAUGAUUUCCUAUGGACGUUCUGCACGCUGAAUGCGAUUUUCGCAUCCAGCGUCGCAGAAGUGCCUCUAGCAGCUGUCAGGAAGACAGCCACUAAAGGCUGUAUUAACCCUGCAAUGUAAACAUAGCAGUUUCAUAGCACAAUCAAUCUCUGAGGAAAAUUGAGCAUCUCCAUGCAGAGCGCGGGUACACUGAACGUCAGGGCUGCUUUUUCGGCAGCACUGACCCAGGAAGCACCUCCAGUGGCCAUCUAAGGAGUGGCCACUUGGAGGUGUCCCUACAGGCAAUGUAAACACUGCCUUUUCUCUCUAUAUGUACGCCACUGCUUAAAGGACCACUAUAGGCACCCAGACCACUUCAGCUUAAUGAAGUGGUCUGGGUGCCAGGUCCAGCUAGGUUUAACCUUUUUUUCUAUAAACAUAGCAGUUUCAGAGAAACUGCUAUGUUUAUAAUAGGGUUAAUCCAGCCUCUAGUGGCCGUCUCAUUCACAGCCGCUAGAGGCGCUUCCGCGCUUCUCACUGUGAUUUGCAUAGUGAAAAGACGCCAGCGUCUAUAGGAAAGCAUUGAGAAUGCUUUCCUAUGGACUGGCUGAAUGCGCGCGCGGCUCGUGCCACGCAUGCGCAUUCAGCCGAGGAGGAGAGUCCCCCGCCAGGCGCUGGAGAAAGAGGUAAAUUUAACCCCUUCCACCCCCCUAGAGCACCCUCAGGGCACUAUAGUGCCAGGAAAACGAGUAUGUUUUCCUGGCACUAUAGUGGUCCUUUAAGUGCCUGAGCUCACACAGGAUGCGACUGUCCGGCUUGGCAGUCAGGUCCCUGUUUUUGUUUUUUUAAAUAAAUAAUUCAUUUUGUGUCAUAACUACACCUUUUUUGCCUCUCCCUUGCAAAAGUGGGUAAAAAGUUUUUUAUAAAAUGUUUUUUGUUGUACAUGAUGCACAACAAAUGUUUCAUUGUAUAGGCAGAGUUCAUGGAAGUAACACCAAAGCCCUGGUGAUUGACAGCAUAUUUUUAAAACUUUUUACAUUUUAUUAUUUAUGUAUAUUUGGCAGUAGGAAUGCACAGUGUACAAAGAGCAGCACAUUUUCAUGACUUAAUAUAAAGUUUUUUUUUUUUUUUUUUUAAAUGCUUAGCACAGAGUAUGUUUAUAGGUCUAGACUCUAGGUCAGGGAUAGGCAACCUUCGGCACUCCAGAUGUUGUGGACUACAUCCCCCAUAUUGCUCUUACACCCAUAAUGCUUGCAAAGCAUCAUGAGAGGUGUAGUCCAAAACAUCUGGCAUGCCGAAGGUAUGCCUGCUCUAGGUCGUGUACAAAGAAUGCUAAUAUUAAAGGAAAAAAUACUGGUACUUGCUCAUAGCGUGAAAAAAAGCCUAGUUUUACAUUACCUUUGGUGAGAUCCUCAUGGGCUGCAAUUGUAACGUUUGAUUUAUUUGGUAUUUUAAGCAAAAAAACGAAGUUUAUUAUUUUAUUUGCAUGGUGAUGUUUUGAUUAUGGGCAUUCUAGUAGUCUCACCCAGUAUGCUUUACUGAUGUAUCUCUUUUUUGUAAAAUAUCUAAUUAUUGGGCAACACCUGGAAACUUUAGUAGCCCGAUCCGCUUUCUUUGUCAUCUUUCAGACAAAUCUUUCUUUUGUGUUGGCCAUAAAUUGUUUCUAUGAAACAAUGGAGUCAGCCUGUGGGUCACACAUGAUUAAACAGAACAGGUUUGAUACUAAAAUGUUUUUUACCUGCCAAUUCACCCUCUUUGUUUACGUUUGGCAGGGAUUCAGCAGGUAAACCUGUUAUUCAUACCACAUCUUACAGUUUCACACCGUAAAAGACAGAGGUUGGAUGGCUAAUUUACCUACUUCACCAUCACUUUAUGAGGCAGUGCACUUUAAAUGUAUUCAUGUUUGAAAUGCAGUCUGUUGCUUAAUCACUGUCUCUUAUUCACAGUACACAAUAGGUCGCUGGAACCUGUUAUGGCUCUGCCAGAUUACAUUACCCUGAAUUUAAUCUUAGUGGCUCGGUCAUAAGAAACUUUAUUUGUACUACCACGUAGCACCACAAGAAAUGACUAUAUAUUUACACUUUAUAAAGUUUUCAUUCUUAAAAUUGAAAGCAGGAUUUAUAGUAAGCCUGGAACCUUAUUAUCAUUACGGCACACAUGGCAUUACCAGUCAGAUCAAACAGCUCAAGAUAGAAAACUGACGUGUUUUGAGUAGUCAAGGUGCUUAUUUAGGACACUGCGUGCAAAUUGGCACUUCAUUACAGAAUGAUUGUCUCUGGACUGGCAUUUUCUCCCCAGGAUUGUUUUUUGUGUCAUACCUUCUCUGCAAGAGGUCCAUGUAAUUCCACUUCAGCUCUGUUUGGCAGUUUUUUUGCUAACAAGCCAUUUAGCAUGCUUAUGUUUGAAGGUGAAUGCCAAUGGAUGUAAAGCUGGUAGAGUCGCAAGCCAGGAUAUUUGGGAAUUUAUCUCUAUGAUGAGAUGCUGAUUGGCCAGGGCUGUGUUUGAAUUGUGCAGGUUCUGCCCCUGAUCUGCCUCCUUGUCAGUCUCAGCCAAUUCUAUGGGGAAGCAUUGUGAUUGGAUCAGGCAACCACUUCUGAUUAUGUCAGAGGAAGUUCACAGGCAGAGGAAGCAGCUUCAGACUUGAAUACAAGUAAGAUUUUACUAUCUUAAGGGAGGCAAAGGGGGCGAAGGGGGCUAGAUAGUGGUUUUAACACUUUAGGGCAGCAAUACAUGUUUGUGUUCCUGACCCUAUAGUGCUCCUUUAAAGAAGGCUAUGCAUGUGCAAAACCUGCUGAAACCACACAGAUUUCAAACCAGCCCCAUAUUUUCAACAUCAUGCCUCAAGUAGGCUUGUCCAAUCAGUUACCAAUGAGGGGCUUUUCAAAACUGAAAGCGAUUGCAGAAUUAAAGAGACACAGAUGUGUUCCCAUAUUUUUUUGGCUUACCACCUACCUCUCCAAAAAAAAAAAUCUUAGUAUUUCUCAACUACUGCAAAUACGUUUGCCCCAAAUAAAAAAGGUAACUAUAGUCCAUUUAAGCAAUUUGAAUGUGCUACCAUAGAGCUCUGGCACGUGAAGUCUCAGAGCGUUACCGUGGUAACCCGCAGAAACGCUCUGUGAUUGGCCGAGCUCGCUGACGUCUACUGAAUGUUCUGCCACUCUGCCCGCGGUGAAAGUGGAGCUGCAGACCGGAGGAUGCACAGUGCUUUCUACCUGCAGCAUGGGCCACCCGAUGAGCCCCUUCAAUGCGCGUCCCGGCGGUCACACUGCACGGGCUGGUGCCGAAAUACAUGGCGGCAGGCACCCAAUCGCAGAGGUCCGCAGAGCGGCUGGGCCCCCAUGGGGAGACAGGCCCGGUCGCAGCUGCGACCACCGGAUGUGGAAUUCUCUGCCUGAAGAUGUGGUUUUAUGAGAGCAUGUACAGAUGUUUAACUGGACGCAUACUUGCAAACACAUAAUAUUCAAGAUUAGAAGACUAGCUGGGGUGGGUGGGAGUUAUGGGAAAAUGGGGAAUUUACUGUUAGUGCUGCUUACUGCUAGUUAGGGGUUAACGGUAAAAAAAAGCUUAGAAAAAUGUUAAAUCUGUGUAAAAAAAAAAAAAAAAGUUUUAAGAAAGUUUAGGAAAGUGUAAAAAAAAUUAAUAAGCAACUAGUUUUUAAAAGUAAAAAAAUACAUUUAAAAAGGCUCAUUACCACUACACCUGGAACAAAUUAGAGGAAAAAUGAUCCCACGCUAAGGUUCAAAAUGUGCCUUUUGAAUUACCCCAGGGUGUAUUCUUUAAUAAAUAGUAUGUGUUUGUGGGGAAGUUUCAAUAACCAACCGUCUAAACUACUCCAAAUUGGAACAUGGACAGCGUAAAACUUCAAAGUUAGAAAAAAACUGAAUGGCUGCGUCUCAAAUGCGCCCCUUCAACAUCCACAUAUACCUGGCAAAGGUACAUACGGUGGUAUGGCUGUACUCAGACGACAUAGCUGAGCAACAGAUGAAGUAUUAUACAGUCAUAGCACAGAUAAGGUUUGCAAAAUAUGCUGCGCAAACUCACUUUAUGUGUCAAAAAGGCAGAAAAAACACUUAUUACCACUACAUUUGGUACAAGCUAGCGGAAAAAUGAUCCCACGCUAAGGUUCAAAAUAUACCUUUUGAAAUACCCUGGGGUGUCUACUUUAAGAAAUGGUAGGCCUUUGUGGGGUAGUUUGAAUUUAAACCCUGCUUAGAUGCUUGGAAAUUGCACAUAGGCCCAGCGUCAAAAUUCAAAGUUCGGUAAAAACUGAUAUGGCUUGGUCUCCUAUAUGGCACUAUAGCUUCACAAAAUAGUGCCAAAGACAUUCAUUGGGGGUGUCUUUUUACUCAGAAGACUUAGCCGAGCAUAAUUUGGGGGGUUUGAACUUAAUGGCACAUGGGAAAUAUACAAAAUGCCCAGCAAAAAUACAAUCCAUAUGUAAAAAACGCACAAAAUUAUUUUUUAUCACAUACUUUAGCAUAUAUUAGUGAAAAAAUGGGGGAAUGUUAAGGCACAAUAUGCACCUUAUGAGAUACCCUGGAGUGUCUACUUUUACAAAUGGUAGGCCUUUGUGGGCUUUUUUAAACAGUCAAACUGUUAUAAUACCCCAAAUGGAAGCAUAGGCUCAUUAAAUCCGUCAAAAUUCUACUGUGAAUACUGAAAAGAACAGGCCUCCUAUAUGGCACUGUAACUUCACGAAAUAGUGCCAAAGACAUACAAUGGGGGUAUCAUUUUACUCAGCAGAUGUAACUGAACACAAAAUAAAACUUUGUACAGGAAUAGCACACACCAACUUUACAAAAUACACAUGAGAAUAUCUUUUUUUUAAGUUUGUGUGCCAAAAACCAAAAAAAACACAAUUUUACUCCAAUAUUUAGCAGUUGGCGGGGAAAUGGCUACGUAGAAAGUGUCAAAACAACCCUAGGUAAAUAGCCUGUGAUGUCUACUUUAUAUAAAUAUAUGCUUUUGUGUGGCAAUUUUUUUUUCUUUUAUGGCUAUUAAGCUUACAAGACAAACAUACCAAAUUCUAAAAUCGCUCCACAUUAAAAAGUUUAUUUUACUCCUUGUGCUUUGUGACCUGUAACUACCAAAAAUAACUUAAAAUCCCAGACACAUUAUAUAUUCUGUAAAUCAGAACAACUAAAUGAAUUUAUUUUUAAUUACUUUCCUUAACCUGCACUAAUUAUGCACACAUUAUUAUUGCAAAAACUGUAAAAAAAAAAAACACAAAAAUUUUCCUUUUUUUUGAAUUUUUCUGUACUUUUUUUUAUAAUAAAUAAGCAUUUAUAUAUAUAUAUAUAUAUGCGUGUUACAUCAAAUUAAAGCCCUUUCUGUCCUUUAAAAAAACGGUGUAUAAUAUGUGUCGGUGCAAUAAAUUAGUAAAAUGCAAAUUGCAGUUGAACGCAAACAGCAAAAAAUGCUGUUGUCAUUAAGUAAAAGACAAGCUUCUGAAGCUCUGUCCUUAGGGGUUAAUUGAUCAUUUGUUUGAAAUACAGAGUGUAUUUGUAGUAUUAAAAUCUAUUUAUAUAAGGACUUUAUGUAAAGAAUAGACUAUUUAUCUUCAUGUCAUAAUCAUUCAAUAUUUUUCAUAUGCAUACUACGUCAGCAGUACUGUUUAAAUUGCCCAGCUAAUGCCAAUGAGAUAAAGCGCAUUCCUCUCUUUCCUGUAAUAUUGACUAAGUAUUAAAAAAAAAAAAAAAAGGUGUGUGUGUUUAAUUCAUCCUGUUUAAAUAUUAACUUGAAUGAUGCUUUUUUUUUUUUUUAUCAAUGAAUUAGAAAUAAAAGAUAUAGAGUUCUUCUUGCUUAAGCAAAUAAUUCUUGCGUAAUUAAUAUUUUAUGUCCAAAACUUAUGGCUAAUAUUUAAAGGAUAAAAACAGUAUUGUAACCUCUGCUUUUUUUUUUUUUUUCUUUACAAGAAUAUUAUUAUAGUUAUUGAAAUAAUCUUAUCACUGCCUAAUAUUUCCCAUAUAUUUACAAAUUGUGUCUCACUAAGUCCUAUCCUUGAACCUUCCUCCACUUCUCUUUGGAACAUGAUCAAAUGGGAGAGCUAGAGCUUCAAAUUAGCUCAAUAGGAAAUGCUAUGUAGUUUACCCUGAGCGAUCAUCACAGUUUGACCCCUAUUGCUGAUCUUUACCUCCCCUGGAAAUCCGACAGCCCAGAAACCUAGGGUCUUCCUUGCUGCCUGUUAAAUUGUCCUUUAACAUGUAGACCGGGGGUGCUCAAAAGGUAGGUCCCCAGAUGUUGUAGAUCUAUAACUCCCAUGAUGCUUUGCAUGCUUUUAGAAUUACAAAGCAUCAUGGAAGCUGUAGUUUUAAAAUAUCUGGGGAUCUACCUUUUGUAGAGCUCCCUGAUGUAGACUCACUCUGUAUAUCUACCUGAUGUAGAACCACUCUUUAGUAUUUGUUGGGUAACCCCACCGGGAAACAAUACAAACUGUUAUUUAAUUUUAUAACCUGUGCAUUUCGAUCUAUUUGAUUUGGUUGCUAUGACAUUGGCAAGUUAUUUGUAUAGCUAGACUACAUGCUCCUUAACACGUCCACAACUUUCUCGAACCCUUUAUGUCCCUGUUAAUAUGAACACCCAUCCACACACACAUUUAUGUUAAAUUGCUUUCUCCACUGUCUUUUUUUUUUUUUUUUCUUCUGAUUGUGUAAAACCAUUUUCUAUCGAUAAAUACCUAUCCAGCAAAUAUGUAUGAUACGGUUGCUUUCUAAUAAUAAAAAAGAAUAAUAACAUAUUACCUCAUGGUGCUGAGCAGUUAUAGGUUUAGGAAUCCUAUAAAAUAUUACAUUCCCCUCUGAUUUAAUGUAUUACAUUUUUUGUAUUCCAUCUGAUGGUUUUACUUUAUCUGUUAUAUAUUACAACAUUUAGGAUGACGCACCAUAAAAAUAAAGAAUAAAUUUAAAAAAAAAAAAAUAUUUAGAAUGACCUAAGUGUCAGAAUAUAAACUAUACAAUUCAUUUAUCUGUUAAGCAAUGGCAGUUCUACAGUUCAUAGCAUUCUUAUAUACCCUUAGGGGCAAUUUUCUCAUAUUACUACAUUUGUUCAGUUAUAGCUUUCCUCUUUAACAUUUAGUGGCACAGACAAAUAAUAAUAUAUUGAUUUUUAAAUUAAAAGAGAUAUAGAUCCAUGUAUAUAGAUACAUAUAUUUUUUUCCUAUGACUUUAGUGGCAGUUCAAUUUCUUAUCAAAUUUAGGUUGCAAAGAACAUAAAUUUAAAAGAAGUCUGAAGAGAUAUGUAUUUUUUAUGAUUAUUUCUUUUUAUGCAUUGGUUCUCAAGGGAAUAUGACUGUAUUUGACACUUUUUGUGUAGCCAAUUUCAUCACCAAACUUAGACAAAGUGUUUGCUAAUAUUGUGGGUGUUUUUUUUCAGUCAACUUAAUUUUACAAACUCGUAGUUACAGAUUAUUGAUUAGCUGUGUCCAUGUUUCAUUCAAAUGUAGUUUCUAAGAUUUGGUUGUGGGGAGGGGGUUUCACACUCACAAUGCCAUUUGCGACAUGUGCAUUAUUGUUUUCAAACUUGGCUAAACUCAUAUUGUAUUUUGUGUAACUUCCUCUUUUAAAAUUAGUCCCACAAAAUGAUAUUACUUGAAAUGUGAAUACCCCAGGGCUUUUCACAUGGUGCAUACAGACAUCUACAUAAAACACUACAAAGCAGGUGGCCACAGACAAUUGUAGAAAAAGGCACGGUUUCAGAUCUUUCAAGGCUACUAAACAUCACCUGUAUCAAGAAAGGAAGAACAAAAACAACAACUAUUUGUUCUUACCCUAUGACCACAAUGUGUUGAGACUAGUAGUGGUGGGUUUAGCAAUACCCUAAAAUUGGUGGGUCCUAAUCUAGCUGUACAUUGGACAGUGGGAAGUAAUAGAUAAUUUGCUUCUGCCUACCAGACACCCACUAGAGGCGCUUCCGGGAGUUUACCAGACUUUGGGUCCCUUAAACAACGCUGGACAUCCUCACGCUCUGCAUGAGGACAUCCAGCGUUGGUAAAAUCUUAUUCGCAAAGCAUGGAGUCAAUGCUCUCCUAUGGGGAGGGCCUAAUGCACAUUAGUUCCUCCCCCACCCCCUGUUUGAUGUUGGAGGAGGUAGAGCAACAACCCAGCGCUGGUCAUCAAUGGGGGGACUAGAGAAAUACAACUUUGUAAUAAAACUUUGUAUUCCUAACACUAUGUAAUCCAUUUAAGCUUAUAUUGUCUAACAUACAUUUUAUGGAUGACAGAUCCACAAUAACUAUAAUAAGGGCUAUAUAAAGCACUAUUGUUUGUUUGGUUUUCCGUCUUACAGUAUUUGGAAGACUGGUUAUAACAAGUUAUUGAGUAGACUGUUCUGUCCUAACCGAUUUACAUGCAUAACGAACAUUCCCUCUGUUGCUUUUUAACCACAAGAGAAUAUAUGCUCACCUCAGUGGAUUUCUGAUAUUUUCUUUGAAAUGUGAAAAAAUUACUUUUUUUAUUGUUUGUUUUAUUUUUUUAAAUUUUUCAUGUUUUGCAGGCUUCUUCUAUGCUGAGAGCAUCAAUCGCCCCCACGUACGUAGAAACAACGUUGUGUUUUCCGUGCCAGCUAGACUGAGAUAAGGAGAAAUAAAAUUUAGAGGACUGCGUUUGACAGCUGGAUUAAUACAGUUCAUACACCCUUCUAUAUCACUUUACUUGUGAUAAGUUUGGUAUUCAAAUAAAAUACAAUACGUAUUCUGCAGCUGUCAUAAAUUAAUAAUUUAAAAUAAAGCCACAGUAGCAAGGGACUAAAUUAUUAUUUUUUUCACUAGUUAGAUGCCUGUGUACUGAAACUAUUUUUUUUCUGUCAGUUGCAUAGUUGAUGUAUGGUCUGUUUUUAAAGGAACACUCCAAGAACCAUAACCACUACAGUGUGCUGUAGAAGUAAUGAUGACAGGAGUGCACUGGUGCCCCUUCAUUGUACAUUGUCUCUUAACCAAUGAUUUAAGUCCUGCACAGCUGUGCUUUGCUCAGACAGCAAGGCGGAACCUCUGUCUGAAGUAUUGGACUUAGGGAGCAGUAUCUGGUGGAUCCCAUUUAAAAAAAAUAAAAUAAAAAAAAAUAAAAUAAACUGAUUACUUAUAAUAGGGUGAUUUAGGAUACUCCUGGCACCAUAAUUCCUACAAUAAGCUGAUGUGUUCUUUAAUUUCCAUUAAGCAUUUUAAAUUUUUUUAACCAAAUUUUUUAAUAUUAUGUAAAAUAGAUGUUAUUAAGGGAGAAAAAAUUCAAAAUGAAUAUUCUCUUCAAGUACAGGUUUAUAUUUAUUUUAUUUAUAUCUCUAUGUGUACUAAAGAAAAUAAAUGAUGGUCCAGACACUCAAUGUAAAUCCAGUGAGCAGGUUUAUUGGAACAGAUCAAAAGCAACGUUUUGGCCCACAAUAGGGCCUUUAUCAAGCUAUUACCUUGCCAUUAUCAACAUGAGAUUGUUGCAGAAAAAUAAUAUUGGCUUAAUUAAGAAAUGCUUGGUUAUCAAAAUCCAAAGGGAGUGUUACACUCAAGUAAACAAGCAGUGUCAGCUACAACUUCUGGAGCACAUUGGAAGGGAUCUGCAGUGCCUUAUAAUUAUUCAAAGUCAUAAACCACAUGCUUUACAGUGUGUUACAAAAAGUGAUAAUUUAUUGACGAUUAGAUGAACCAAAACUUUUACGACGUUUCGGCAUUAAGCCUUAAUCGUGAAUACAGAAUCAUAGACAACAAAAACGAUAUUCCUGUGCUAAAUGGAAAAUACCGCAUAUACAUCUGAAUCAAUUUGUUCCUGUGACUUUAGAGAGGGGGAUAACCACGAGAAACACGGGACUAUGCAUUAAACUACACCCAACCCUCUUCACAGACAAUAUUGAUUUUUGCAGCCAAUUUGAACAGAUACUUAAUAACUUUUCAUUUGCUGUUAUGUUAUGGUCCUGACCAUAGACUACUUGUAGAAAGAAAUUACUAAGAUUAAAACUGAACUGGUGGAAAUUGAAUUAAAUUCAAAACUGCCAUGACAUUGGAAAACCUGAACAAACUGAACGCUGAUCUAAAUAUACAGAUGGAGACACUUAAAGCAAAUAUUGAAACCAGGAUAUUUAUAAGGGAUGCGGAUGAUUACAAAAAGGGCCUGAUCUACAAGUGGAAUGGUUAUCAAUACUCCAGGAGGAUGCCACCCAGGAGGGGCAUACUGACAACUACAAGACGAGACAACACCCCCUCUGACAGCACUGAUUUGAAGAUCUCUGAUAACAAGCGGUAUUCUCAAACCCCUACAAUGCUACUUUUUUGUCCUUAGGCCCCCAACAAGAAAUAUUGUACAUGGUUAUGUUCAUCUGAUUCUCAAGAAAUUAUCACUUUUUUUUUAUCACACUGUGAAGCCUGUGGAUUUUAAAGGAAUACAUGUUAUGUCAAUGUACAAUCUUGGCUGCCAUGGCAUAGGUCAUUUCAACAUCACCUUACUUCUUACAUCCUCUGGAGUCUUCCAUUAUUUUAACUUAUAUGUUGAAAUAUGAAAUAAAAGCAUAUGUCAUCUUGAUUGAUCUGUCAUAUUACAAAAUCAGUGUAAUGGGUUGUACUUAUAUUAUUAUGGAGGAAUGCUUACUAUAAGGGCUGCUCGUUAAAGGAGACUUGUCAGGAUUUCAAAGUGACUUUUACAUUUUUAAGGACAAAAAAAACAAAUUGUAAGCGGACUUGGUGAACUUUUCCAGUUUUUCUGUUUUGGACUUGAAUUUGAAAUUCACUUUGAAUUCCCCAACAUUCUCACUUUAGUGAAUACGACUGAGUAUCUCUACUUAUUCUUCUUAUUAUUGUCUUCUUUCACUUUCAUAUUAUCUGUUUUGCUCUGUCCUAGGAAGCUGCAAGAAGUACCUUUAUUGCCUUCUUUGGAUUAUGAAAAGCUAAAAAAGGACCUGUUAUUUGGUAAUGAUCGUCAUAAAGCACUGCUCCUACAAGCCUUGCGUUGGGUAAGAAGCCUGCAAUGCUUUGUUCUACUUUUCUUUCUGGUGUAGUAUUUAGUAUACAGUACUGGGAAUUUUGAUUGAUAUCCAGUGUUAACCGGCAACAGUAACACAUAGUGAGUUGUGGGGAAAAAUGAAGAGGACCGCUUAAAAGGACUCUUUGGUCACCAAAACCACUACAGCUAAAUGUAGUGGUUCUUGUGUCUGUAGCCUGUAACUACAGGCUUUUUAUGUAAACACAGCAUUUUAAGAGAAGAGGCAAUGUUUACAUUGCUGCCUAGUAACACCUCUAGAGGCAGUCACUCAGACGGUCUCUAGAGAUGCCUCCUUUCUCAGUGCUGCACAGUAUGCAGCACGUAUAAUCCGCAUCUCCACGCUCAGCAUGGAGGAACUGAACGUUCCUCACAGAGAUUUAUUGAUAGAGGAGUUGAGGAGAUGCUGAUUGACACAGCGAAUAGCUUCCUAAUGCCUUUCUAUAGGAAAGCAUUGGAUUGGCUGAGAUCAUGGAGGCGUGGCUAGGCGCAGUGUGGAAAAAAAGGUGAUUAAACUCAUCUUUCUCCUGCGAUCGGAGGAGGACUGGAGACCUAAAUAGUUCAUUUAACAUUAGUGUCAGGAAUACCAGAUAUAAGAACUACCGAAUGCAGAAACUUGUUUUGCACCUGAGAAAUGGUAUAACGUGUGUACAUAUGAUUAGUUAUACAAGUUUUAAUUGUAAAUGUAAAUUUUUACAUUUAUCUGUGUUUAAAUACAUGUUUUGUGUCCAGAACCUAUUAUCUACAGUGUAUGUGAGGACCAGAUAACAAAGCAAACACCCUACACAGGGGUGCAGUAGAUCUCCCUUAAAAAGUAGAUGUUACAGAGCAAGAACAAUGCUCCAUAAAUUGGGAGGUAAGAUUUAGAAAUUUAUAAUAAAUUCCUAUGUCACUAAUGAAGGGCUACUAAUUCCCGUUAUAUGCAGUUAUAUAUUUAGAUUUCUUUAACGAGCCUAUCAGUAUUCUGUAAGCAGCACAGACAAUAUCACUUCUUUUUUUUAAUUUAUUUAAAAAAAAUGUGUGUGGGUUUUUAAUUUUCUUUACUUUUGCAAUAUAAAACUAUAACUAUUUCUUGCACUGAUGUUACACAUCAUCUUUAUUAGCCCUGCAUGUUCCACAAACUAAGCAGAAUAUAUACAGUUCUUCCUGGUGCAUUUCAAUGCAGUUAAUAGAAUACUUUUAGUGUUAGGAAUAUUCCUAACCCAAUAGUAUCCCCCUGCCUCCGAGGCCAGCCCAUCUAGUAAUUAAAAGGCUAAAACACUUUUUUAAUUUACCUCUUUCCAGCACCGAGGUUGCUUGGCGCUGGACUGGUCCAGCGACGUCUCUCCGAUGGAGGAACCGCAUGCACAUAAUAUCCUACCCAAACGGAACCAUUGAAUCAGUGCUUUCCUAUGGGAAGAUACUGAAAGACAGCCACUAGAAGUUGUCUUAACCCUGCAAUGUAAACAUUAAUAUGCAAUGAUAUUGACAUUGCAAUGUAAACAUUGAUCCGAGUGUGGAUCGAAACAUUGCUGUGUUUGACGUGUUUUUCAAAUAAAACUGCUGUUUGAAAAAUACCCUGCGUGCCUGGACUACAUUGUCUUCACUGUAUGGAAUAGGGGUUUGCCAGCCCUAGGUACAGUGCUCCGAGGUCUAAAUGCUAUUAUAAUCUUCACCAACACCUAGAUUUCUGUUUUCUAUUUCAAGUUUCAAAGGAACACAGUAUGUGUCAUAAAUUUACUUGCUGGCUGCCUACCUAAACAUUUAUCAUUGACCGGUAUUGAGAACUACUAACCUGUUCUUCAAGUUCAUGGGCAAAGCAGCAGCUUUUUGCAUAUCUGAGAUAAUACAGAAGAUUUGUAAUACCCGAGAUAUAAUCUGAUUACUUUACUUGUCUCAAACUCAAAGCAUUUUCAUGAGUCGUAGUGUUACACCAGGAAAUUUGCCACCACUGACUAAAACAAAUCAAACCAAUAAAAUAGAUUUAUAACUAUAACUGCUCUUUAGCGAAAAUUUCCUGGUUUCCCAUUUUACAGAAAAUCAGAAGAGUCUAUGUAGCAUCGCAAACUAAUUGAUUGUUAAUAAAAAAAUACUGUUUUAGACCAGAGUAACCCUUACUGUCCUGGUUAACCCUUAAAAGUGGGCAAAAAAAAAGGAGACUAUAGAUCAAAUUUACCUGUAAUACAGUUUUGAGGCCAAGUUGUCCGUGAAGCUUAAUACUACUUAUUGACAAUAAUUGUUAAUACUUUAAUGACGCCGCAAGUGAUGGAGUUACACCUCUGGACGCAAAAGGAUAUAUCUCUGUAUGUGCAGCGUUUACAGAAUUAAAGCACCAUGACCACUUCAAAUCUCUGAAUUGGUCACAGUGUUUGGAGUAAACCUUUAAAGAUACCAUGAACUCUCUAUUCUGCUACAAAAUAAGAUUGCUUUCCCUGUAAUCCUGUUUUACUCAAUUUAGUUAUUACUCUACUUCAGAUAGUCGAUUACAAGUAUUUUAAUUCAAUUUCAGCGUCUUACUCGCUCCCAGUCUGGAGAGCAAAGGGACACCAUUCUCCAGGCAUACAUUAGCAAUGACCUGCUGGACUGCAGUCACAAUGAACAGGUUAGCAGCUGUAAAAAGACAAUUAUAUUUUGGUAAUGUUUGUGUAAAUCUGUGGAUUGAAAAGCAGAAUAAAUAAAACUCAAGUGUUCUCUCUUGUAGUUUACUGCUUGCAUUGCAAAUGAAUUGUGACUAAUCUGUUAUGUAUUGUACUUCCAUAUACAUUUUCUUACUAUUUUUGUAAUUUUUUUUUUUUUUGACUCCCAAAGAGAAAUGUCCUGAAACUUCUGAGCUCCAGCAAUGAGGUGGUCAGACAGUACACAGCUCGUCUGAUAAAUGCGUUUGCAUCCUUAGCCAAUGGUAAGUGAUAUAUAUUGAUCAAAUACUUGUAGGGGGCUUGUGCUUUCAAUUAAAUAUAUUGCAAUAAUGCAGGGGUGUCAAACUGUAUUCUUGAGGGCCCAAAUCCUGCUCCCUGACUACCCUGUCUACACGUAGGCUGUUAGGUGUCUAAUGUCUGACUUGACCCAGGUCUAGGAAGCUCCCCUCCCACCUUUUUAAUAUAGCACUGAGAAUCCAGUGCCCUGGUAUUGCUUAUUAUGGGAUUUAUUCAUUAAAUUGUAGAGAAUUAGAAUCUGAAUGGCAAAAUCCAGGCUAAAAUAGCAGAGUUGGAUAAUUUUUCCAGAUCAGCUUCCUGCACCUAAAUCUUGCCAUUCAGAUUUCAGUUUGUUACAAUUUUGAGUUUAGUGAAUAACCUUGUAAGAGUGAAGUGGGUGAGAACAAAGGGCAAAAAUCAUGUCCCUGCUCCAUGUUUACACACUGUGCACCAAACUGAAGCCUCCUGUCAAAUAAAAAGCCCUCACGCUCAAGAACCAUUGCUACAUUAGGGGGAGGAGGAGCAAAGAAGGUGGAGAGUCAACUUGCGUAUAUAGCCUCACAGACUUUACCUCUCUGUGCUUGUAUCUCUGGGUCAGCCUUUGUGACUGUGUGCCUCUGUUUGUAUCUAUGUGCGUGUGAUUAUGUGAUAGUUUUCUGAUAAUUUGUUUCUAUACGUGUGAGUGACUGUCUUUGUGUGUGUGUGUGUAUAUAUCUGCAGGUUCCAGGUGAAUGCAUAACAUUUAGGGUUAAUAAAAAGCAAUGUAGGUACCAUAAGCAAAAGAGAUUGUUCAGCCUCAUUUCUUCUUGACUAUCCUGCAUCUACCUUCAGAGUCGUGCUUGUCAACUUUUCUGUCUCUUAUUUGCUAUUUCCCUCUUAAGUAGUCUUUUUUUUCUUACUAGCAGUGUGCUUGGUCUGGAAUAUAUGUGGGUUAAAGAUUCUGGGAGGCGGUGUGUGGCAUGUAUGUGUGUAGCUUUGUAUGAUGAUGUGGUCGGGAGGGCUGCCCUAAACCUGGCCACAGGGCCUUCUCCCAACUCCACCCAUGGGGCCUGCUCGCCUUUAUAUACCACUACCGUUUGGCAGGCACUUAGAACUGAGAUAUGGGAGACUUAGUGUGUGUUUAGGGAAUGUAGUAUAUGUGCACAGGGCAUCUGGUGUGUGUAUAAUGGAUGCAGUAUGUUUGUGUGUGUAUUUAAUUUGAGCUAUAAAGAAUUGGCGUGAUCUUAAGGCUUUUUUUGAGAAAAAACUAAAUUUAGUUUUAAUUGGCAGACCUUGAUAAUUACAUUUUGAGGUCGUUUCGGCCCAUCUUUGGGCAUUUCUCAGGUUCUUUAGAAAGGCCCAAGGUGAAGCCAAAACGUUGAUCACAAAAUGUAGUUAUCAAUUAUACAAAUUAUCCGAAAUACAGGAGGUAGUAUUGCACUCUGGAAAAUAUCAAAAUAAGCUACAUGAGCAAGUACUGCUAUUCCCUCGCAUGAUACAGUAAAAAGCAGACCAGAGGCUCAAUUUAUUAUGGGUAUUACAAAACUGUGAGGCCUUAAUUAUGUGACACACUCAGCCAAUAAAUUAUUUACAGAUCGCGACAUUAUUUAUAUAUCUUUAGCGGAAGUAAAACCUCUCCUUCAGAUAUAUCAGAAGGGGGCUUGACCGGAGGUGCCUAAAAGACCCAAGUAAAUGUCAAACCAUUCAAAAAUGGUUAAACUACUUACUGUGGGAUGACACCAGGUGACUCCUAUCGCCUUACCUAUUGCAAUGAGAAUUUAGUGGUAAUGAUGCUUAGACUGACUCCUAUACUUUGUAUUUUAAUUAUUUUCCCCUUUGUUAACCCUAAUGCUAAAUCCAGGACACAUGUAAAAAGUGCUAAUCGGUACCUAGUUCUGAAAAUCCAUUUCCACAUCUAAGUUGCUCACACCAAAAUUAACAUGAUUUUUCUCCAGAUGUAGAAUACUUUCUUUCCUUGAUGUCGUAUUACACACAUUUGUUAUGAUGCCAAGGCACUAUCCGUCAUGUAUAGAUUUCUGUUGAGACUAUUGGAAGCCUUUUCUAUGGUAUAAAUCAUAUCUGUCAAAACGAUAAAUCAAUGUGUGUGUUUUAGAAUGACAUUUUCCUGCUGAUAUGAACAGGCUGUGUUGUAUGAACUUAUAUCCACAUUGAUAUUUUUAACACUAUAUGUUAUCUGAGACAGAAAACAAUUUAAAAUUGAGGUUUCUUUUUUUUUUUUUUUUUUUUACACAUGCUGUUUUCUUUGAAAAAUAUUGCAGAGAAAACAGUCGUUUAAAAAUUGGUGUAUAUUCAAAAAUGAUUGUUAGGGAGCAAAAAGCGCAAUGGAUGGGGGGAAAAAAACAGAUGGAAUAACUUUAAAUUAUCAAAAAAUUAAACAUGAAAGUGCCAUUGACUCUCCAUUAAUGUGUCUGCGCAGUUAUCAUAUGAAAUUCUUGAGGGACGACAAUGAUAAUGGUAUUUUUAAAGUUUAUUGUGAGAUGAAGAAUGUAUUAUCCAAAAACUUCUGACAGAGAUUUAAAGAGUUUCCAAAAAAACCAAAAAGGAACUGCACUCAAUCCCAUCAAUUUAAACCAGGGUGCAACCAAACCAGGACUAAGCACCAAGUUCCAAUGGCAACAGCGUGAAAUAUAGAGAUGGUUCAGGCACUCCAAGGAUCAGAAAUGGUAUAUUUGUUUGAACUAUAAAAUACUGGCGUAAUCUUAAGGCUUUUUUUGUAACACAGACCGUAAGGUCGAAAUGUUGUUACUUUGGGUUUCAAUAAAUUUGCCAUUUCUGAUCCUUGGAGUGCCUGCACCAUCUCUAUAUUUCAAGCUAUUUAAAGAGUAACUGCAACCAAAAAGCAAUGUUUUUAGUUAGAGCAACCCUUGUUGCGCUGGUCCCCCCGCCUCCCUAAUUAAUUUUUUUUUUUUUUUUAAAUAAAGCUGAAAUGUACCUUCAUUCAAUGCAAUGGAAAGACUUGUAGCGACACAGAGAGUGGGUGUACCACCAUUGGACGUUUAUCAUUAGACGUUUAAUAACAAAGCACUGCUCACACAGAUUCCAGGCACCAUGACCACUUCAAAUCACUGAAGUGGUCAUGGCGUUUGGAUUAAACCUUUAACAAAUGUUGUUUUUAGAAAAGUGGUGCAAAGAUGUAAUAGGGGAGGAGUCACCAAUUUGAACAGUUUAAUAAAUAUUUCCACAUGUGUUUGCUAAUUACAUCUAUACUCUAUACUAAACUAUGCUUUUUGUAAAUCCACUUUGUGUUGCAGGGCGGAUUUACCUCUCCCAGAAUCCUCGUCUUCUGCACACUUUAGAAGACUCCCUUAAAUCUGAAGAGAAAGAUUCUGCUACAAGAGAAAAUGUUCUGGGCACUCUUCAGAAACUUAGCCUCAGGUAGGACACAACUAAUUUACGCUUGAUGCUAAAGCAAAAAUGCCUAAGGAAUUCUUUUAAACAGAAGCUGGUUGUGGCAUCAUUUGUUCUCUCCUUAAUGUGUAAUUUUUCGUAAUCAAACCCUGCUUAUUUUUAGCACAUGUUCAUGUCCACAUGAAAUAUAAUCUAUGACGUACAUUCUAGAUCAAUCCAUGAAACCGAUUUUCUCUGUUUACCUUCAUUUUUUUGUGUAUGGAUUGAUAACCUUUGUCUUAAUGUUUUGUUUUUUCCUAGCUCAUUGCACUUUUAACACUAAAUCUGGAAUGGCUUUACGCUCUUAAGCAAAUAGGUGUUGGCUGCAGCCAAUCUUUAGGUUACUGCUAUUGAUAUUUAAUUUAUUUGAUGGGAGAAGCCAGGUUAAUAGGUGCUGCUCAUUAAACAUGUAGCUAUUUUUAAUCAUAUGAUGAAAUGCUGAACAUAUAAAUAUUUAAUGUUCAAUGGAAUGACCACACAGAAAUAUUUAAUUAAAUUGUAAGUUCAAAGUUUUGUUGCGGAAAAAAAUAAAUUACGUUAAAGCUACACAGUUAUAAAGUACAUAUUUGCAGUUGGAAUCAUUCAAAUAAUGGCAUUUGUCAUAAAUAGCUUAAAAUAAAUGUAUAGAUGCACAAAUACUUGUAUAAAUAAACCUCUAAUAAAACUCUUUUGAAGUUUUGAUAAUUUAAGAAUUGUAAUAAAUUACUGAUAACGUUGAACUGGAGAUGUGGGGGAAAACAUAUCAAGCUGUAUUGAGUAUUGCUUAACUGUAUUACAUGGUUUCCUAGAAUUAUAACUAAGGUUCCACAUAUCUGAUUGAAUGCGUGAUAACAUUGUUUAAAAAUAUGUCCAGUUAAGUUAUCAUUUAUCCUGUAUUAAGAAUUUCUUUCCACCUGUGACUACUAAUUAUUAGACACACUGAAACAGGCCCUUUAAAAAAAAAAAAUAAAUGAGGUGGAAUAGGGAGUUUGUGUUUCUCAGGAUACUAAACCUAGCAAUCUUUUUUGCUUCCCCUCCUGACAAUUUUUUAUUUUUUGUUCCUGUGUCCUUUCUUCUGUGGGACUCUACCUCCAGAUAUCUGACUCAAUGCUGGACAUCUUAGUCUGCUAUUCUUCUCUGAUCAGACUAAGCCUGAUACGAUUGUUGGCAUGUUCUCUGUCUAAUAUGAAUCUCCAGUCCUAGUUCCAGAUCUCCAGACCUUGUUGUUUUUUUCUGCAUUCCACCUGUUUGUAUUAGCCUAUGUGUUACCUUGCACUCUUGUAGUGCUUGUCCCCUUUCUAGGCCUUCCCAGGAAGUGGUGAUAUACACGUUUUUACUUCUCCUUACAACCAGGCUCCAGUGUUACAAAGCAAAGAACAAAAGUCCUGAAACUUAUUUCUGGCUUUGUAGAUGGUCUGGUGCAUAUAAAAUUAUCUGUGAUUUGGCUUCUUGCAACAUUUGUCUGUCCUUAACUGAGUUUUAAAUAAGGUUUGUUUUUUUAUUUUCUUUCUCUCACUGAGGUGACUGUUUGAGGUGUUGCUUUCUUUACAUUCUAGCACAUAUGUCUACUAGUGUACCCGCAUUGCCAAGUCCAAAUUCUCCCCUCUGCCUGAUCCUCCUUGUCUGAUGUCACUCAGGGGGUGAGAAGGAUGGACUGAGGGAAGUACAGGGGCGGCACGAAGGGUGGGACUGUGCCAUCAUUGGCUGUCUGGCGACAGUAUGCUGUGCUUACUGGCGUCAGAUGCCAGUUUUGUUUUCACAGAAUUGACAUUAGCCGUCCCAGAACUAAGGCUAAUGACUUUGUUGAAAGUGGUAUACCUCCAGCAGCUGAGGGGUUAAUCUCUUUGUCUUUCUAAAUGCAGCAUUUCAUUGCAAAAUUCUGCACAUACAGACUCCCAGCACCAUCACCACUUCAGAUCACUAAAGUGGUCUUGGAUCUUGGACUAACCCUUCAAGAGCAACUGCUCAACAGUUAUGUCCCUUUCAUAUGUCUUCAAGGUUUUAUUUCAAAACAGACUCCUAAAACUUAAGACACCCAGAAGAAUAUGCCUGACAGCUGCUUAUGCUUUAUACUUUAUUUUAAACCAAGUCUGAGGAUCAAACAAAAAAUAACAAAAUAUGAAAAUAAUUACUUGGCAUUCUAGAAAAGUUUUUUUUCCAUGUAAUGUCAUCUGGUUUUCUCUUUUACCAUUUCCUUUUUUUUUUUUGUUUCCUUCUUUCUUAUAGCCCCAUUAAAUAAAAUACUGACAAAACAGGACUGCUUCUACUGCACUAAAUGUGCCAUUUUUAUGUCAAUCAAUUUUUAGACAUUGACUAAUUAAAUGGUAUGGAAGAUAUCCACGAUGAUACAUUGCAAUGGCAAUUAAGCUAUGUCACCAGUUGAUAUUUUUAUUCACCUCUGUAUUUCUCUCUGGUAGUCUAGCUAACUGGUAUAAACAAGCACCUGUUGACAGCUAGUUAACAUAAAACUUUGAACACAUAUCAUAUACUGUUAGUACACAUCCUACUAAAGAAAAACGCAUAAAGCUAGAAUGAAUUUUCACAGGAAAAAAAAUAUAUAAAUAUUACUAAACUAGUAUAUAUUUGGAGAAAUAUGAUGUGAGAAAUAUCUUUAUACACCACAUUUGAACAAAACAGAUACCAGUAAUUCUUAAAUCACUUAAGAUAAGCUGCUAGGCCAGCAGGUCAUGAUUUAGUAGGACUAUCACUUACCUGAUUUAGUAGGACUACCCCUUUUCUGAUUGAGUAGGACUAUCCUAAAUCUCAUUAAGUAGGACUGUCUCUUAUAAGGACUGUCCCAUUUCUUAUUGAGUAGACUACUCCUCAAUUGGAGGAGACAGUCCAGAGUACUAGAGUUUUGUGCCUAAAUGUAUCAUUCUGUUAUUUGAAUAUAAGACAAGAAAGGUGGGGCUAAUCUUAUGAGAGCAACUUCUCUUGUCUGGUGAAAUCAGUUGUCUCUCAAUUACUAUUCCAUAUGGUUAGAAAUUCUGGUAUAUAGAUAAGAGUGGGAUAGUUGCAAAUACAGCCAGGUAUUCUUGUUAUAUCUGGGGUGUACAGGAGAACAGCACAGCACUGAACACUCCCUGCAGCCCUAUCUUUCUCUGAUGGUGUAAAAAUAUAUUAAAGGAGAGCUUGACUGGGUACCACAGCCUUCCCUGCUUUGAUCCUUUUUAGUGUACAAAUCCUCCUCGGAGGUCUGUGUAAAAUAACCAUUGCACCUUGGUAAAUGGGAGCAUGGGCAUCCUUUUUAUCCAGGUAUUGCUGUCAUACAUUUAAAGUAUUUGUGUAGUUAUCUAAAUCUUCAGAGAAUUCAGCAUGUACAAUACAUUACAGCUGAGCUACAUCAAGCCAUGGGUUUUAUAUAUAAUGUAAAAAUUGUAAAAUAAUAAGAAAUGUUAUUGGAUGCAGUUAAUAUGCAUACAGUGAUGGGAGAAUAUGAGAUCUAGUUGUUCUGUACACUUCCAAAGUUUAUUUAAUAAAUAAAUAAACCACUGAAGUGGUGUUUAAGUUUGGUGAAGACUUCCAGCAAGUAUGGCUACAUGUAAAUUCACACAUACAACAGUAUUUUAUACCUUUUGACCAUUCCAACCUAGUCCUAGAGUAAUGGUUUCACCAAGUUGGACAGCGUGUUAUGGAAUGGAAUAUACCUGCAGUAUAAAGCAGAUAAUCAACAACCACAGAUAACUUUGGUAUUUCCUCUUUUCAGAAGCUGUAUGCAAUCAGCCAUGAUCCAGGAUGGCCUCAUCUAUUGGCUGGUUCAAGAGUUAGAAGAUAUAGACUCUCUCUCCGACUACACUGUGGAGUAUGCAGUAGCACUGCUUAUGAAUCUUUGCCUUCGAAAUGCAGGUGUGUGGGAUAGUACACAUUGUUGCAUGAAGGUCUUUGGUUCCCAAUUAUUUUUUUCCGUGGAACCCUUUGACAUAAUGUACCAACAACGUGGAACCUCAAAAUAUUUUCUUUGCGCCAUAGCACAAACCUUUUAAUGUAAUGGGGAUUUUUUUGGAUGUGUUUUUUUUGUGAUACAUACACUGAUUUCUACAGCUAGUAAACCUAUUGUAGUUUUUAGGAGCAAAGGAAACAACUAAGUUAAGGCAAAAGUGGGAUAUACAUAUAUUUCCAGCAGCACACAUUCUGACUUAAAAAAAUAGGGGAAGAAAAGCUAUCUUCAGAUGCCAGAUUAGGCACUAAUCUAAAGGGCAGCACAAUAAAACAAAUCAUUUCAUUUCUGUGAAGCCAGAUUGGGCACAAUACUAAUUGAAACAACAAAAAUACCCAGAGGUCAGGACAAAAUUGCUAUUUACCAUAGCGAUCUGGCCCUUAGGAUUUGUUGAACCCUUAACUAUGGAACAUCCCCAAGGCUGUCAAACAGCCUGGGAGGUUUGCUGCCUUCUUCUGUUAGCUCCCCUGAGCGAACAGAAGUUACAGGUGUGCCCUACUUGAGUGCACCUGCCUCCUCCCCCACAGACCUCAAACCAGCCUCUUUGGAUCUUCAGACCUCAGACUACCUCCUUCACAGCACACCCUUGCUUACAGAUUCAGAGGCUUCCGAAUGAGAAGCCUUUGGCUCUUUCCUCAAGAAGAGAGUGUUAGCUGCUUCCUUUAAAAAAGGGGAGGGCGUGCAAAGGUGCAGUUUAUAAGCAUCAAAAAUAAAACAAAACAAUAUUAUAAAUAUCGUAUAGGUAAAUAUACUGCCAAUGUUGUUAUAAUUUUGGCUAGUUAUGCAAAUUAAUUAAUAUUGUUGCUGCUAAUUUCACAUAUUUGCAGCUAACUUUACAUAUUAUAGAUUUGUCACAUUUGGCAGAGACUGUAUGAUCAAGUCUACAACAGGAUUUUUCCUUUGCACCUCAUAAAAUUACAGAUGCGUUUUUUUGUAUGUGUGUGUUUUGUUGUUAUUAUUAUUAUUAUUAUUAUUAUUAUUAUUAUUUUUAUUUAUUUUUUAUUUUAUUUUUUUUUUAAGCCCUGUAGAAACUCAUUUAGCGCCCUCAGAUGUUGCUGGGCAGAAAUUCCUGAAUUUUAGAUAUCUAUUUGUUUAUCAUCCAAAUACAUGAACUGUUGUCAAUGGCUUUGGGUUGGUGUCUGUAUGGGUUGAUAUAUAUUUCAUGUUCUUUUGCCUCUUUAAUGUCACAAGAUAAAGAACUGGCAAUGUCCUUUUUUCCCAGGAAAGAAAAUGUGUGCUAAGGCUCCAGGUCUUGUGCUGAGAGUCCUUUCUGACUUGCUUGGCCAUGAGAACCAUGAGGUGUGUAUUUAACCUCUCAAACUCUCUAUAUUCUGAAGUGUGUGUUGGAUAUUACUGCAACACACAGCAAACUGAUACAUUAAUUCUUUUAUUCGGAAUUGGAAACACAUUUCAUGAUGCUGUAUAUUGAUUACAUUUUUAACCAAUCUAUAUAAAUAUAUAUUGGUUAAAUAAGGAUGUUUGCAGUACUGUCUCUUUCCACUCACAUGUUCCAUUCUUUCUAGUAUAAUUGUACUAUGGCGCUUGCUUUUCUUGUCAACUUCUAUCCCACUGAUAGUUUUCCCUGCUAAAUUCAUAAGAUGCUUUUAUAUGUGGUAUUUGGGGAUGAUGUUGCAUUCUCAAGAGUAUAACACAGAGGUCUAUGGAGGAUCCUCCUUGCAACAAGUUGUACAAUACGCAAGAAGAUGCCUCUUUUCCACAGCCAUCACCAACAGUGGCUGUAGGAAUUGACAAACGUUGGUAGCCGAAGCUCCGUCUUUUGUCAAUUCUUGUCAACCUGGACAAACCAUACUUUGUCUUAUGAUAUCUUUUGAUUGCUUUUUAAAUUUCAGUGAAAUUCAAACAUAAUUAUUUAAUAAAUAUUUUAAAGUGGUGGCAGAGCAUGAAAAAUGCUGAGAAAAAACACUUUGUUCCCAAACAUUUAGUGGUCUCCACUGAAGCAUCAUAUCUUUUUUUUAUCAUAGAUCCGCUCCUAUGUUAAUGGAGCUCUCUAUAGCGUCCUUUCGGUGCCUUCCAUACGUGAAGAGGCCAGAGCCAUGGUGAGUCAUUCCAUUCAUCGCAAUUCAUUGUGUUGAAAUAAUUCUCAAUAUUUAGUCUUUUGUUGCCAUUUCACGAAUAUAUAACUUGUAUCACCCAGAUCACAUAGCAACUCUGUAUGCAAUUGAUGAAUGUAAAUUAACUUUAUUAAUGAAUUGCUUCAUUCAAAACCAAAUACAGAAACCAUGUGUUCAGUGUUCAGCAGUAAAAUCUCACUUCGCAAAAUGAUUUAUUAACAGACCACUCAAGAUACCGAUCUUUCCAUAUAUUAUCAUAAUAUUGCAUAUUAAUUGGACAGCACCUCCCCAUACCAACUGCCUCUCUUGGUUACAGUUAAAAUCUUGAUCUUCCAUAUCGAAAUAAAUAAAUGUUUCUGUGGUUAUUAUGAACAUGGCAUGCCCUGUAUAUCUGCUGUACACUAUUGUGAUAUGUAUUUCUCACCUUCAGGGAAUGCAGGAAGUUUUGAAAUGCUAUAUCAAAGAAGGAAAUUCAUAUAUGAAUCGCCAGUUUGAGUUUAUCAUACGACAACUCAAUUCAGGUCAGAUACCGGAUGAACUAUUAUUUCUUAACCUUUUAUUUUUAGUUUGAUUUUGUUAAUGUGUUCUGGGAUACUGAGAUUUGGUUAAAUCUGCAAUUUAUAAGUGUGACGGACCCCGACCGGAUACCUCCGUCAAUCACUGUUUCCUAGUACUUGCGAGUUCCAUAAGAAUGACACUGUAACACCAUAACCACCGUAAACCCCACAAAUCGCAUUCCUCCACCCACCCUGGACCCAAGACCAUGAUCCAGCUUCCAGUGGGUAGACCUCUCCUAGUCCAGAGAGCUUAGCAGGAACAGUUCUUAGAAGAGCUAGUGAUUAUACUCAGGGGAGUAUUGUGAUAUAGCAAUCCCCAUAGUGUAUGUAGUUAUCCAAUCCCCCAAACAUGAACCUAGACUUCAUGAAGGGUAAAACAAGUGUGUUUAAUGGAAGCCACAGCUGGCCUUUUAUGCAAGUCCCCAAGCAAGGUAUACGCCGACAGGGACACAAAGCUUACAAACCAAUCAGAACAGUAAUUAAAUGUACGACACUCCCACACACCACACACAAUCCCUCCCCUCUGCAUGGGAGAUAAUUGAGUAAAGUACAUUAUGUAACUCAAUUAUCUCCAGGCAGAAAAAAACACCUAUUUUAUAAAGUCACAUAAGUACCCCAAAACACAACAUAUCUCCAUAUGUUACAUCCCCUGAUAGCUGUGAUAUGAGUGAACAACAUAUCCAAAAAUCACCCAGAUCAGAGCAGGGGUUCAGGAAAUUCCUGGAAGCCUUAUUUUUGACCGAUCGUGCACGUGGUCCAAUACCCAAAACAGUUCCAGAGAAUUAAUGCUAACAGUCGGUCUUUCUGUCUGGAGUACGAAAGUACAUAUUCACAUGAACAGAGCCUUUUAAAGUAUUUUAACCAGGUCUAUUGCAGGGGCCAUAGUCACAGGGUAGGAGGCUGGCAAACAGGCCCCUCCAUAAACUUGUGGCAAACUCACAGGAAAAGGGGAGAUUCUUACAAUAAGCUUGUGGCAAAUUAUGUAGGAGCUUACUUGAAAGGAACAUUCCAAGCACAAGUCGGUUGUAGUGAUUAUUGUGCCUACAUUGUCCAGGUGCUGUCUCCUUUUUGAAAAAGAGAAACUAGGUAGCUGUGUAGAGGAAAGAGUUCUGAUGCAGGAAGACACACAUUGGCUGAGGGCAUUUAGCUUACCUAACUCGAAGCAUUGGAUUCUCCUGUUGGCAUGGGCACCGAGCGAGGACCCCUGUGAGCGUGCAAACCAUACUAGAACUGUUUGACCUCAUGCUGUGGGAUGACACCAGGGCACUGUGUUCCUUUUUAAGGUUUCAGGUAUGCCAUCUCUAAUACAAUGUCUGUCUCAUUAGCAAUUUUUUUUCUUGAAGCCAAAAGCAGCAAAGUAUAUUGGUAUAGGGUUUACGAGAUUUGCCUAGACAUUGGCAUUUGAGUUUACCAUCUAAUGGCCAUUGCAAUGGUACUCAAAAUCUUUCUUAUUUAGAAGCACAUAAGGCAAAAUCUGGUCAAAUAUUUUUUUAUUAAUGGUGUAAAAUAAUAUAAUAAAACAUUGGUGUGUGUAUAUAUAUAUAUAUAUAUAUGUAUAUAUAUAAAAUGACUUAUAAACCAUUGUCAAAACUAGACAAGCAAUCAAAUAAAACACACAUAAAUGUUAUAAAUAUUUGUAUAUGAAAUAAGUAAACUACGUACAGAAAUAAAAUAAAGUGUCAAGUAAUUAAUGACAAUGUGGUACUUAAAAACAAAGGCAAAAUCUAUUGUGUAAUUCUGUGUAAAAUACUUACAAAACCAUUGCAACCAGGAAAAGCACGUAAAAGGUAAAACAUGGAUAAGACGACUAUCUGCAAUUUCAGGAUUUGUUGCUGGACUUUCAACAGGCAUUUCUUUUUUAAUUAACAUAUGCACGUACACUUGGUUUUGUCCCUAAGCCAACUGUUUUGCAAGUCUUUUAGCUGUUAAGUGCAUUCGUGUUUUCUAACAGAAUGGCUAUAGGUUUGCAUUACAUGUUAUUGGCAGUAAUCAUCUGUCUUCAUACAGUUAAAAAGAAGAUAUAUUACACUAAAUGCCUUUGGAAAACCAUACAAACUCCUGAUGUAUUUCUAGUAUUUCAGCAUCUAUUGUUUAUUUCGUCCUUUGUUGUGUGCACCAUGAGCACUUUGAGAGAGUUUGUUUUUACCAGGCAGUAGCAAUAUAGUUGGACAUAGAUUUAUCUUCUAUACGCAUUGCACAAUACUGGUAUUUUUCUUCUAUCUGUUUGCUCAGCUAUUUAACCUUUGUAAAAAUGGGAGGUUUUAGCCAAAACACAAUUAAGUUUACCUACUGUGUCACCAAAGUUGCAUACUUGUGUAUCUGUUAGAAAUACAAUCCACCUGGAAAGACUUGAUCUACAUUGAAAGGAUUGUGAAAUAGGUGUGAAAUUUUCACCCACAACAGUCAAGGGUGAACCCUCAGGGUUUUAAGUCUUUUGAGCCUUUGUUGUUAAUUGCUGUAACUAGGAAGCACUUUAGGACUCAUAACUAUGUGAAAUAAAACAGGAACAAGGUAGUUCCGGUACUGUAUCACUAACGAAUGGAUUGUUUUGAACAUGUACACAAAGUGUAUACUCUAAAGAAUGUCAGCUGAAAGGGGCACUCUGGACCCUUGAAGCACUUUAGCUUGCUGAAAUGGUUUAUAUGUGAAGAAUGUGACCUGUUUUUUUUUUUUAGUUGACAAAAAGUGCAGAUUUCAGUAGAAACUGGCAAUUUUAUAAAUUAACCUUGUUACAACCAACUGACUUUCAAGCAGACAAACAGAUCCUGUUAUUUUCUGGCAGUUUAGCUCAGUGGAGCUAAACUCAAGAGGCAGGCUAUUACCUAGACCUUGCAAAUACUUCUCAUUGAGCUGCAUUGGGAAGACUGUGAUUGGACAGCCACAUAUAGUGUGAGCUCUGUUAGAGAAGAGCUUGCAAAGGUAGCAGACAAGAGAAGUGCAACGUUUGCUCAUAUUAUGGGUAUAUCUAAAAUACAGUUUGCCACCAUAUUUUGGUGACCGACACAUAAAUCCUCUUUCUAGAAUCUCAAAACAUACAGGAUGACGAUGUAGGAUCGUCAUCAAGUUUCUGCAGCUGAAAAAAAAGCCAAAUGUCAUAAACCCUACUCCAUAGGAAAGUGUUGUGAGGUUAGUGCGCAUGCGCAGCAAAAUGCAGCGCUAUGCCUAUCAGAUAGACUGUGUGAGAGCAUCCGACAGAAAAAGAUGAGUUUUACACGGCCUAUUUUGAAAGAUACGCCAAGUGUGGCUGUCAGAGAGACUGCAGAGGCAAUUAAACCCUGCAAUGUAAACAUUGAUAUUCUUGCAGAAGAGCGAUGUUUACAUUGCACGGUUAAGCAGACAGGGACAUAGCACUCCACUCCUGAGAUCACCAAUAUCCAAUUUAAAGAAUUCAUUUUUGACAUUUCAUUGAGGAAAGAAGCUAUUUUAUCAUGCAACCUCAGUAGCAUCAGACACAGCAAGACAUGGAUGGCUUGCUACGGAGGGCACUUAACAUCAUACUUCAAAAAGUUUUAUUGGGAUUCUUGAGAGAUGUGAAAAUAGUGGAGAGGUAUCACUUAACCCAUACAUGUUACCUGAGAUUGUAUUGCAUUCUCAAGGAUGACUUUAAACUAUUGUCCCAUACACAUAGGGCAGUACCAGUGUUGGUGCAGAUGUUAAGUUAAAUACAUUUCCUUGUAUCUGUUAGUUUCCAAAGGACUGAGGGUGUUGUGAAUCGUAUAUUUCAGUCCACCUUUUCCAGUUUGCUGGGACUUUUCCUCUCUGCCCUUUGGGUUCACUGUCAGAUGUCCAUUUUCUUUUUCACAAUCUAUGAAAGCUGGCAUAUGGUGAAGAGGGGUUCCUACAGAAAGAGAAGGAAUGCCCAAUGUCUUGAUAGCCAAAGAUUGCACCUCUUCCUGAUUCUGAUAUAUAUAUAUUUAGACUGUGUCCAAUAAAGUUCGAAUUCCAAUUUGACCAGCCAACUGUUUAUUGACUUUGGCUCGCUAAUUGAUCAUUUUCAGCUAGGUUUUUAGAAUAAUAUGUUAAAUCAACCCAUAUAUUGCAAAACUGUGUGUUUUAGAAGCUGAACAUGUUUGCGUUCCAUUGGAACUGACACACUUACAUAAAUUUCUAAAGCAGACAGAAAUUAAGACCUAAUUUUUUUGUUAUACUCUAUUACAGAAGAAAAGUUUGAUGAUAAGGAAGAUGAUGAUGAAUUAGAAGAUGAAGAAGUAAGUUCCGACUGCUGUUGACUUGUGGUGUUGCUAAAGCGCAUAUAUUCUACGUAAAUGUUAAAAUAGUUAUUUUUCUUUAGCAGUUAAUUGUAUCAUUGCAUUACAGACUUUUAUAGCAGGAAUUUUAGCUUCUUACUGAGCUCUCACCAGCUCUCAUCCAUGACGUUUAUCAAUUUCUGACGCUGACCAUAUCCCACAAAUUUCUGAAAAGAAGUGGGGAACCCUUGUUUUGGUCAAAUCACUGGAAAAUAGUUGGACCUAGGACUGGUGGAAAGGACCAGCACCGUAAAAGAACCAAAACCAAUAGAUGUACUACAUACCCUAUAAAAGCACCAUAACCAAAAAAACAAAUGUUUCAGAUAGACAACCCUUUCUCAAUGUACUUUGCCCUUCAUUCAUGGAGUGACUUGUACAUUGAUAAAGGGUAGUCCUCCCGAAACUUUUUUGUGUGUGUGUGUGUACUUCAUUAAACUGUAGCACUUAGGUGUACCUGAUACUCUAAUCUGCGCUGGUUCUAUUUGUUUUUCAGUACUCUAUGUAUGCAUACUACUAUUUAAGAGCCGUAGUGGUUUUGAACCAACUCCAUAGAAGUCAUUUUUUAUCAGUAUUUAUUUUCUAUUUUAUAUAUAUAUAUAUAUAUAUAUAUAUAUAUAAACAUAGAUAUAUGUAUGUAAUACUGUUGGAGAAAAUCUCACUCUGCACCUGACUUCUUCCACUAUAAAUUUAUGCUGCUCUCCUACAUUCUGGCUCUUUCCUCUGCAAAAGUAAAUUACUUCAAUACCCUCAUAACCAUACUCUCCCGUGAACCCAAACGACUAUUUCACACUUUCUCCUUCGCCCUGUUGUUCCAACUCCUCCUACCACCCUGUCCGCCUAAAACUUUGCAACUCACUUCACUGAGAAGAUUUCUACAAUCAGGGAAGAGAUCGCUAACCUCUCUCCCUCUACUUCCAAUACAUCACUCAACCCCACUCCCUCCACUUUUCUAUUCUCAUUCGCACCUACUACAACGGAAGAGGUUUCUGCUCUUCUCUGGUCCUCCCGCCCCACCACCUGUUCCCUCUACCCUAUUCCCUUCAUAUCUCAUCUGCACUCUGUCUCCCUCUCUUGCUCUUCCUCUCACUAAAAUUUGCAAUCUUUUCCCGGCACAUUUCCCUCACCCUUCAAGCAUGCAACCAUAACGCAGAUUCUGAAAAAGCCCAAUCUUGACCCCUACUCCCCAUCCAAAUACCGCCCUAUAUCGCUACUGCCAUUUGCCUCCAAGAUCCUUGAGAGAGUUGUGUAUGCGAGGUUGACAGACUUCCUCGACUCCAACUCUCUGCUUGACCCGCUUCAGUCUGGAUUCCGCGUUCGUCACUCUGUUCAAACAGCUAUGACCAAAGUAUCCAACGAUUUAAUCAUUGUUAAAUCUCGUGGCCGUUACUCUAUCCUAAUUCUCCUUGAUCUUUCUGCUGCCUUUGACACUGUUGAUUAUCAACAGCUUCUUCUCAUUCUCGGUCUAUGGGAUACCGCUCUCUCCUGGUGCUCCUCCUACCUCUCCCAACGUUUUUUCAGUGUUUCUUUCUCUGGCUCUGCCUCUUCUCCUAAACCCCUCUCUGUUGGUGUUCCCCAAGGUUCUGUCCUUGGUCCCCUACUGUUCUCUAACUAUACUGCCUUCCUUGGUAAACUCAUCAGCUGAUACCCGAAAUCUAGCUGUCCUCUCCUGAUCUCUCUCCACCCAUCUUGACUCGUGUCUCUGACUGCCUCUCUGCAAUUUCCAACUGGAUGGCUGCUCACUUCCUUAAACGCAACCUGUCCAAAACAGAACUUCUGGUCUUUCCUCCCUCAAGUGUUACUCCAGUGUCUGUCUCCAAGUCAAUGGCGCCACCAUUACCUCUACCUUGCAGGCUCGCUGCCUAGGUGUUCUCUUUGACUCUGACCUUUCCUUCACCCCUCAUGUCUGGUCGAUAGCCAAAUCCUGCCGCUUCCAACUCAAAACAUAGCUUGCAAACGCCGUUAUUAAACACCAGACGCGGCUAAGGUGCUGGUCCAUGCUGUUGUUCUUUUUCGCCUUGACCACUGCAAUCCCCUUCUCAGUGGUCUUACGUGUUCCCAGCCUGCACCGCUGCAAUCUAUAAUGAAUGUGGCGAUCAGGCUCAUUUUCCUGUCCACCCACACCUCCCACGCCUCCCCCUCUGUCAAUCCCUACAUUGGCUUCCAAUUAGAAAUAGGGCUCAAUUUAGGAUUCUGGUGCUUGCUUACAAGUCCCUACAUAAUGCUCAUCCUACCUACCUAUCCUCACUAAUACACAAAUAUGUCCCGUCAAGGCCCCUGCGCUCUGCCGAAGACCUACGCCUAUCAUCUGCCCGUACUCCCACAUCUGAUGCUCGCCUCCAAGACUUCUCCAGGGCUGCACCUUUUCUGUGAAACUCCCUUCCCUUCUCCAUUAGACUUUCACCCAGUCUCCACUCCUUCAAAAAAUCUUUGAAAACACACUUCUUCAGGAAAGCAUAUAACCUAAACUGUUAGCGGGUUUUCAUCCCCUCCCCCAUGCAACUGUUAAAAAUAACCUACUAGAAAAGGGAUUACUUUUCUAGCAACCGAUUUCGUUACCCCUACUUAUACUUUGUGUCACUAUACCCCACUCCCUCUAGCAUCUAAGCUCAUUGAGCAGGGCCCUCAACCCCUCUUUUCCUGUGCGUCCAUUUGUCUGGUUACAAUUAUGUGUCUGUUAGUCCACCCAUUCUACACCGCUACGGUAUUUGCUGGCGCUAUAGAAAUAAUAAUAAUAAUACUGCAAUAUCACGUACCUCUAUUUAGUUUUUUCUAUGAUUUUUGCAUAAUUUUUUACGAUGUAUAUUAUAGAUAAUACAUUGUAUAUAUCUGCUAGUUAGAACAGAACUAGGAAACACAGAUUUCUCUCAGACUACCUCACCCAGGGCUCUGGCUACUUCAAAUCGUCAUUGAAAAUCCUUAGUUUGCUGCGUAGCUCCAUUUUCCAUCUGUGAUCUCUGCCCGGACUAAGAAGUAGCUGAAACCUGUCAGUCCAGCUGUUUCAAGUGCUGACUUUUGUCAAAUUUUAAAAAACAUUUCAAAGCGCUGUAUAUGAGUUAUUCAGAAUAGAGAUUAAGAAACCGCACACACACUAAAAUACAGUUUUAUAUUUUACAAAACUAUUUAAAAUCACCUAUCUUAGCAAACAAAUAUGGGUAUUUAAUUCAACCAUAUGGUCAUAUCAUGUUAAGCCCACCACUAGGCCACAGUACCCCAAUAUUGGUGGGUCCUACACUAAUUCCAAUGUGGGAGACAAAUUUAGUGCUUGUUCUAAAUGAACUAAAGUGUAUUUAAUGCAACAUUAAUGUGAUAAAAAAAAACACCCCCAACUUCAGAUGCCCAUUUGGAGGAGACCACAGGAAAGUAUGAAUUUGAUGAGUUUUUGUCUGCUGUUCUAUGAAGACACAAGAUAAUGCAAGAGGCCCAAGUGUUGAAAGGCAUUAUGUAGUUAUUAAAAUAGGAGGGAAAAACAUAUUAAAACAUUUUAAAGCUAUUUGCCUAUUUAGAGCCUGGUUAACAGUUUCUGAACCAGUCUGGGUACAGCCACAACCUGAACCAACAAUCAUACAUAGCUUGAGCACUAUCCAGAGCUGAAAAAGGAGGGAAGAAUCGUGCUCGGUGUACACACGUCACACUCACAAAUUAAACCGAUCUUGGAUGGCAAAGGAACAAAGGAAGAAGUAAAAUUGAUCAAUGGAACAGGCUUUUGGCUAAAGUGUUUUGUAUGGGGUCCCCUCCCCCCAUAUUUAUUUAUUUAAAAUUGUUGCAGUUAUAAGUCAUUCUGGGUAAAGCGAUAGAGACCACCAUUCUCAUAGGGCUAAGGAAAAGAUACCAUAAUAACAUAAUUUUCAAAAGAACAAUAUUGGUCUUGGUGUAUUAUCUUAUCAAUAUUUGACGAAGUCCAUUAAAAUAAAUAACUAUUACGAGAAUUAUGAUUAUGUUUUAAUAUAAUCUUUAACACAAUGUUAUACUUGUAUCAAUAGUUAAAAUAACUAUGGCUCUGUAAUUUUUGUGAAUACAUGUGUAAAUUUUUUUAUUUUUUUUUACUGACUGGUCUCAAACAAUUACAUUUCUGCUAAUUGCAAUACAACACCUUAAUGACAGAGCUUUUAUGGCAAAGUGGAAUUCUCCACGAUGCUACCUGCUUAGAAAACGCAAAUAAAUAUUUUUUAGCAAUGGUAGGAAUAUGUAAAAAGAAACACACUUUGGGUAAGGCAUAGAGAAAAUGUGAAAUAAAGCAAAGGAGAGGUAUGUGUCGCUAACCCGAGUAAGAGGAAAAAAAUACACUUAAUUAAAAAGUAGUGAGAAUGCGUAUACAAAAUGUCACAAAAGUAGCAGGAAAAAGAUUUCUGAGUCCACCAUGGCAGUAACUGUGCUCCAAGUGCACACUUAAAAGAACUUAAUGGAAAAAAAGAAGAGCUAACUGGAGAAUGAGUAUCCUUGUAGUGCAGAUUUAUUACAAUAUUAUGAACAUGGCAAGCCCACCAUAGUAAGCAUCAGUGAUAGGAGUUGUAGUUAACUUCAGAUAGCGUUGACACCUGGAGGAGUAGCUAAGGUAGAGAUUACUUACUGAUUUAUACUAGCAAUGGCACUGUGAUUGGCUGAGUGUCAGCUGACUGCAUUCAGCCAAUCACAGCUGCCCAGUGUUGCCCAGAGUAGUGCUUCCUUGUUAAACUAGGCAGCACAGGGUGGAUGGGGGAUCUUGUUUAGCAUUAAAACAUAAAAAAAAUUAUAAUGCUGAAUAGAAGGACAGCGUCAGGAUAUUCCAGACACCAUAACCACUUUAAUUAAACGAAGUAGUAAUCAUGCUUCCAGUGUCUCUUUAAAGUGGAACUAUCAGUUCCCACUAUUUUUAUACUAUAAAGUUUACUUAUCCAUACAUUUAACAUAUAUGUAUUAAUGAAGUGGAAAAAAAAAAAAAAGUAGAAAUCCUCACUAGUUUAUUCUGCACCUGGGUGCCUCCAUCUUGGCUCUCUCUCAGCCAUUGUCAAUUGAUAUGUCUUUUGCGCCUGGUAGUUAGCAGAGAGAAAGUACAGAGAGAAGUGUUGCAAUGUUUGCCCUGGCUUUGGCUUAUCCAAAAUAGAUUAUGGUGUCAUUUGGUAAAUCUUUAAUACAAAUGUAAAAGAAAACAGAGCUUCUCAUGGAAAACAUGAUUUAUAGGUUUUGUUUUAUUUAAUGGUAUAAAUUCUGGAGAAGUAACGGUUCCCCUUUAAGGCUGGCAGAGUAUUAUGGGAUAUCUAGUUGUAAAACUACAAAUUAUUUACCUUUUAAUCAUCUAUGGUAUAGCUAAUUCAUGGAUGAUGACCUGCGUUUCCUAAUCUCUCCUUCAAAAUCCUAUCUAGCUGUGAUGACGUUAGUAUCAGUGAAAAGAAAAAUUAUAUCUUAAUGGUAGAAUUGAGGCUAAGAUAGUAGACUGUGACAAUAAUAGCUAAAUUGGAGGAUUUUUUCAUGUCCGUUAUUUUUUUACCCUAUUUUGGCAUUCGUUUUUAAAUCUGUCCUGUCGCCAUCUGGGUCUUUAGCAUAAUUUGGAGAAACCCCUGACUGUGAUUCCUCUACUAAAUGUCCAGUGAUCACAUGGUGCAGGGAACAUGACCCUUGCGGCUGCAGCCAUGGUCUUGACGAGCUCCUGGUAAGUGUUGUACUAUUGCUAACGUGCAACAGUAUAACAAUGAGGUCUAUGGAGGAUGCUGCAAGACAGAAGGAUCCUCCAUAGACAAAGCCUUUUUUCCCCUUUAGCCAUCACUAGUGACGGCUCGGAGGAUAUGACAAAAAAAGGUAGUCCUACAUUUUGUUAAGCAUAGGAAAAAAUGCAAAUACAAAGUAGUCCCUUCUAUGCCUUAGUAUAUCUUUUGCUGUGUUGGAAUUUCAGCCAUAAAAACAGUGCCACUUUAAUUCACUAAAACUGAUGUUUAGUGACCCUUUCUUUGUGUACUUUCCAUCACUGUGCUGAUAUGUAUAUAUUUAGGACUGUAUUGUGAUCAUAACCUAUAUGUGGGGAACAGUGUAUUUUGUAUCCCUAGGAAAAGGAAUGGAAAAGAGAAAGGGGGUUAAUGGAAAUGUUCCAAAUCUACUAAUUUAGAUCUUGUUCCAAAUGUUCCCAUCUAUACAGUGUUUGUAGACACAUAAAAAACCUUUGUGUAUUAUGGCCAUUUUGGUUCCCCACCCCCUUCAUGUGUGCCACCUGAGUGGGGUAUUGGUUUUGGGGAUUAUUUGUUUGGAACAAAGCAACUCCUGUGGCCUUUGCAUACCUGAGGCAGGGAGAUUAGGAACGAGGAGGGGUGGCACAUACCUUUCAUGCACAUUAUUCUUUACGGAACCUUAGUGAAUACAAGGAGAACAAGAAAUAGUACAGAUUAAUCAAGUUGAAUUCAUAUUAUAUAUAUAUAUAUAUAUAUAUAUAUAUAUAUAUUUUUUUUUUUAAUGCUUCAUUAGUAUUUAGAUAGAAAAAUCAUAAUAUAUUAUUUGUUUAUACGUUAUACUUUCAUAUUUGCAUUGUGUUUGUGGGUGAAAUAUUACAUACAUUAGAUGUGUUUCCUUAAACUCAUAGGUAUGUGCACCCCAGGUUUCAUUUUCUUUUUUAUUAAUAGGCUUUUGAAAAUUCAAAAAAACAUUUGUUAGAAAAUAAAAACGUAAUAAAUGAGACCCAAAACACCACAUUUACUCUAGUGAAAAACUGGCAUAUAUACACUGAACAAAAUUAUAAACGCAACACUUUUGGUUUUGCCCCCAUUUUUCAUGAGCUGAACUCAAAAAUCUAAGAUUUUUUCUAUGUACACAAAUGGCUUAUUUCUCUCAAAUAUUAUUCACAAAUCUGCCUAAAUCUGUGUUAGUGAACACGUCUCCUUUGCCGAGAUAAUCCAUCCACUUCACAGGUGUGGCAUAUCAAGAUGCUGAUUAAGCAGCAUGAUUAUUGCACAGGUGUGCUUUAGGCUGGCCACAAUAAGAGGCCACUCUAAAAUGUGCAUUUUUACUGUAUUAGGGAGGUCUGAAAACCAGUCAGUAUCUGGUGUGACCACCAUUUUCCUCACGCAGUGCAACACAUCUCCUUCGCGUAGAGUUGAUCAGGUUGUUGAUUGUGGCCUGUGGAAUGUUGGUCCACUUCUUUUCAAUGGCAGUGCAAAGUUGCUGGAUAUUGGCAGGACCUGGAACACGCUGUCGUAUAUGCUGAUCCAGAGCAUCCCAAACAUGCUCAAUGGAUGACAUGUCCGGUGAAUAUGCUGGCCAUACAAGAACUGGGAUGUUUUCAGCUUCCACUAAUUGUGUACAGAUCCUUGCAACAUGGGGCUGUGCAUUAUCAUGCAGCAACAUGAAGUGAUGGUCGUGCAUGAAUGGCACAGCAAUGGGCCUCAGGAUAUCGUCACAGUAUCUCUGCACAUUCAAAAUACCAGCAAUAAAAUGCACCUGUGUUCGUUGUCCAUAACAUACGCCUGCCCAUACCAUAACCCCACCGCCACCAUGGGCCACUCGAUCCACAACAUUGACAUCUGCCCUGUACAGUGAAAACCGGGAUUUAUCCGUGAAGAGAACACCUCUCUAAAGUGCCAGACGCCAUCGAAUGUGAGCAUUUGCCCACUCAAGUCGAUUAUGAUGACGAACUGCAGUCAGGUGAAGACCCCGAUGAGAACGAUGAGCAUGCAGAGGAGCUUCCCUGAGAUGGUUUCUGACAGAAAUUCUUUGGUUAUGCAAACCGAUUGUUGCAGCAGCUGUCCGGGUGGCUUGUCUCAGACGAUCUUGGAGAGGAAGAUGCUGGAUGUGGAAGUCCUGGCUGGUGUGGUUACACGUGGUCUGCAGUUGUGAGGUCGGUUGGAUGUACUGCCAAAUUCCCUGAAACGCCUUUGGAGACGUCUUUUAGUAGAGAAAUUAACAUAAAUGGCUGAAAUCCUGAUUCAAACAUUAAAAUACAGGUCUAGAUAUCUAAACUCUGAACCUGUAUUUUAAAUGUCAGAACAUUUUGCCUGCUGAUAUGGCACAGUAAACACACAGUAAAAAGUGCAAAAAAAUUUUUUUUUUAAAGCCUGUUAAGGUCAAUAUGACCUGAUCUAAUUAUAGGGCAGUUUCUUAAUCUGUCUUACACCUCACCUGGUGGGACCAAUCAACUAAACCAUGUGCAGCCAUCAGCUGCUCACUGCCACUACAAUUAGGAACUAGGCAGGCCGGGCUCUGACAGGCAAGUCUCCGCUCUCACAAGACUUGUUGGUAAUAAUACUAAGUACUAUAAUUGGUUGGUUAAUUGUAUAGCAUCUUUUCGGUGGAUAUAGUCACCUGUAGGGCAAGAAUUCUAACAGGUCUCCAGACUCAUUAUGAAUGAAUAAUUUUCUAAUAUAAUGAGGGACUAUUUCCUUAUGCAUUGUUCAUGUAGCCAUUUAUUUUUUCACUUUAGAUCUUUGCGUGGUUCUACAAUUGUAGAACAUAAGCCACCAUGUGUUCUGGGUGUAUAACAAGCUCUUGGAGCCAAAGGUAAUAUAUCUCUGAAUGUGCAACAUUUCAAACAGAAAUACUGCACGUACAGAUUCCUACCACUAUGAUCACUUCAAAUCACAAGUGGUCACUGUUGUUGGAGUAACUUUUUAAGUUAUGUUUGUGCUCAGAGUAUGACUGGAGUGUUUCCUUUAACCACUUUCAAGCUUAUUUUUGGUGUGCAUAAAAUCAUGACAAGGUAGCAUGAAAUGCCCCAACAGCAUAUACAGGCACAUAAGAUAGCAUUUCGAAAAAUUGGUCAGCAUCGUGAUGAUAUGGCACAGUUUUAAGUUAAGGGUAAUGACAUGGACAAUUACAUUGGUAUGAUAGCGCAUUAAUAGAGUGGACGGUUAUAACAUAUCAGAGCCAGUGAAAUUACAUUGUAAGUAAAAUUUAUAUUACAAACAAUAGGCUGUUCAUAACCGUAAAACAGAAAUAUAGCUAGAGUGUAACUACCCGAAAACAGAUGCUGAGGACCCCUCUCGCUGUAAUAACUUUCUAGUGGUGGUCGGCAUGGUAUUGGCUAUUGACCUGACUUAGUGGGGGGAAUUAAGACGGAUGGUGUCCGGGGAGGCAUAACAAUCUCAUGUGGGCUGGUAAGCUUCCAUUGAUAGGUGUGGGAAGCUGUGGAGCGCCCUUAAGGGCAUGAAUAGUAAAUGCAUGUCAGGGUGCAGUAUUACUGUGGGGGCCACGGUAGUUACAGCUACAGUGCCCAAUAUCCCCUGGGCACCCCGGGGGGAAGAUGGGGUGGGAUUGACAGAUUUACCAAGUUACAAUUUAGUCUUAGUGGGAAACAGGAGUCAGAUAUGACAUAUACACCAGAAUUUUGUAAAAUUAGAUAAAAUAAGAUAACAUAAACUUAAAUAGAUAAAAUGGAGAAUGCCAGCACAUAGACUGAUAUACGUAAUUCAAGCAACUAUUGGAGACACUUGAAACUUGCAGAUGACUGUGGAGUCCAGGGAACUGCACUUAGUCCCGGGAGAGGGAUCCUCCCUGGAACAUGCCUUUCAGCCAGUGUCCACUAUUGGGCGAUGUACGAAGGAGGUGAUGUUCUGCACAUCCCAGGUGGUGUGUGUAGCAGGCGUGGGGGCUUGGUGCUGUAUGAGGUCCAGCUCUGUGAGGAAUGAGGUGGAAGCCUCUGAUGUUGUAAGCCGGUGUGUAGUGCCAUCUUUGGUGGCAAUUAAAGUAUGUGAUGGUCCCCAUCUGUAGUUAAUUCUUGCUUGAUUCCAAUGUGGCCCUACAUAGGAAGGCGAGUUGGAUUUGAGCACGUCUUGUAUCACCAGCUUGUCCUGGAAUGUUAGAAAGCAGAGCAGGACGUCUUAGGGAGCGGCAACCAGUGCCCUUGGGGACUUAGGAAGUCAAUCGAAACCAUUAGGGAGAGCAUGUUUUGUGCGCCAUUGGGGCAGCAGGGCAGAGAAGAGGCACCUGAAGAAAUGUGGUAAUUCACCAUCCUCAAAGGAUUCCGCUAUGCCCCUGACACUUAGAUUAGUACGCCGGUGGGCAUCGUCCAGUGCGUCUAGCCGCGCCUGCAUGGCUGUGUGUGAGGUCUGUAAGUGUUCUAUCUGCUCAGUUGAGUCAGAUUGGCACAGUGAGAGGGUGGAUAUGUCUUCCUCCAUCACCUUGACUCUGUCUGUGACCGCUGACACCUCCUCCUGGACCACCACCAGAUCUGUGCGGAAGAAGGCCCUGAGGUCCAUUAUGUCACCGGUGCACCACGGUCCUCAUUCUGAAUGUUAGGUGCCGGCCCUGUUGCCUCCGGUAUAGGGUCAGGGGCAUCCAUUAAGUCCUCGGAGGAGGAUGAGGAGCAGGAAAUGUCGGCAGCGGCGGCACCAUUUUAGAUUUAGGCCGCAUGGUGAAAAGUUCACUGAUGCUCUUAUUUCUCACAUCAGACAGAGUUUUAAGCUUUUUAGAGUGCUUCCCCAUGGUUUUCCCCAAUAUCCGGGAUUAUGGCAAGGUCGGGAUGCUGAGUUGCAAGCAGUAUUUAGCGUGUGUAAGUUGAGAUAUUGCUGGAGCUCAGUGUAUAUGUGACCGCUCUUGGCUCCCUCCAAGCCACGCCCUCACUUUAGAGCUUUUUAGUGUUGAUAUGUUAAGGACCAGAAUAAUUUUGUAUAUUCUUUCUGUCUCUCUCCUUUUCUGCAACCACACAUUUGUUUUUGUUUUGUUUUUUUAGGACUGAAGGAGCCUCUUGAACAAAUUACAGAAUAAAAAUAUAUAUUUAUUUUUCACUAUGAUAAUUUCGUAAUUGUAACGUAUACUUUAAGCACCAACACAACUUUAGUUUAAUGAAGCAUUUUUGGUGUAUAGAUCAUGCCUCUGCAGUCUUGCUGCUCAAUUAUCUGCCAGUUAAGAUUUAGAUCACUUUUUUAUACAGCUUUAGCCCCACCUACCUUGUUUGUAUUUACUGAAUACAAGGCAACAAUUACAGUGUGCCCAUGCCAUUUCUUCCUGUUUAGGAUGGGGAAGAUGUCCUGGAAGCUGAUCUGGACAAGGAUGAAAUUAUCGUUUCUCAAGCUGGAGAGCUUACUGGAGAAAAGCUUCUGACUACAGAAUACCUGGCAGUAUGUCUAAAUCUUCAUAGACCUAAUGUCACAAGGAACAGUCCUAUAUCUCAAUAUUUCAGUGAUAUUUCAUACUUUCCUUUACCACCCCUACCUAAAUCUAUCCCAUGUAAUCUUAUCAUCCAAAUUAGAACAUUUAAUUUUCUCCUACUGCUACUGUAUCCACACUACAUCUCUGUCGGCAUCUACAACUCCCCUUCAACAGAACUGCCUGCAACCCAUAAUUCCACAUUAUAAACAUUCUACUUGCAAUCCCAUAUUAUAAUCAUCCUGUCUGUGAAUCCACAUAAUGAUUAUUAUGGGUGCAAUCCCACUUUAUUACCUUUUUGUCUGCGAUCCUACAUCCCUGUUUUAAAUGGAUACAUUGUUCAGAUUUUAGAUGAUAUGCAGAGUAAUGAUUGAUUGGGGAUUCAUUUUUUUUUUCUCAUGCAGAUUUUGACUCAUACACUAAAGGUAAAAAAGAAGAUGUUCCCUGCAGUUUUGCAAAGUGUUGAUGAACCCUUACAGAGACCUGUAACGCCCAGCAGUCACAGAACUGUGCAUACAAUGUGAGUGUUUGUCGUGGCUGUGCCUGUACAUAAUAUUAAUAAUUGUUGUCAAAUGCAGACACAUGAUCCAUGAGUACUCUGUUAAUACGUCCUGUGAUCAGAAUGUGUGCCAUGUUUGUUAUAUGUCUAAGAGCACAUCCAGUGUUUGUGUCCAUAUUCUGUGCACUUGAAGUUGUAUACACAGCACAGGUAAUAGUGUAGAGCUCACUGUCAGCAUGCAGUGUUAGGCCUGUGAAUGCAGAACUGAUUCCAUACAAGUAACUUGGUGAUAAGUACACUGUGUAUGAACAGUAUUUUGAUAAAUUUUUUAACGCUUUAAAACUGGCAAAGCAUCAUGGGUGUUCUUCUACAGCUGGAUUUCUCCCUUUUGGCCAUAUCAUUGUUUGCUACACAUAUUUGCAAACACAUCUCUAACUGGGGUUUACCCGAUGGGAGUAGCUGGAAGGAGGCGGUGUUGUCUAGGCUUUCUGGGACCAGUUCUACCUUUCUAGCUCGGGGAUACCAUUUCCCACUGUGGACUGUGACAACACAGAUAAAAAUGAAAUUGAUAAAUUCACAAAACCUGUGAAAUGGCUAAGAGAUUUUAUCCCUUUUUAAAAUUAGGUAAAAUUGAAGAUCAGACAGCCAACUAAUGUACAAAGUAACUGCUGAGGCCAGAAACACCACAGAAAGCUAUUCAAAAGUGUAGAGAUUAAAGGAGGAAUAUUAACAUUGAUGACUUAUUAAUUACUUACUAUUGCCUAUUGUUUAAUUAGUUCUCAUAUCCCUUGGCAGCCCCCCUAUAUAAUGCUAGAAGUAUUUUGCCAUUGAUUUUGUGUGGAUGUGCACUCUGAUCCAACACUGUUAAUAAACUAAUAGCUUCACUUGAAACUAUAGCUAUCAUUGGCAGUAGAUACUAGUACUGAAUGAUCUGUGUUAGAAAAGAGGCACCUAAAAUAUGUUGUUGGUAAAAUAUUUUUUGUUUGCUUUAUCAUUUUGAGAAAUAAAUUACUACUGACUAAUGUUACUAGUAUACUUUUAUAUAGUGUUAAUAUUAGAUGAUCUCAUGUCAUUUUAGGUUAGUUGCUCUUACAUGUAAUUUUUUUACUUUCCCGCUAUAUUUAACAAUUAUGUGUUCAUGAGGUCUGAAAAAUGAAUUGUAGAGGUCCACACCAAUGUAUUUAACUGUACCACUGGGCCCAGCUGCUCUACCUUGGCUCACUGCUCUGUUCUUUAGAGCUGCCAGUCAUCAUUGAGAGAGAUGGAAAAAUAUUACUGUUUUUCACCUCCAAUGCAACGUGUCAUUUGAUUAUGAUGUAACUCACUGAAUCUUUGAUAUACAUUUAAAAGAAAUUUUAGCUUUAUGUGAAAACUUUAACACAUGAUCUUUGGGAUUUUCAUUAUUUUGCCAUGUGUUUUUUUUUUUCAAAGUGAUGGUUCCCCUUUAAUAUUUUUACAUGUGUCAGAUUGUAUCUGUUUCAGCUUCCAUGUUUUAUUAUUAUCAAUUUCUGUUUUAUUUCCAGGCCAGAAAAUGUAAUUUUACCUUUAAUUUCUUCAAGUUCCUUCAGAAUUAGUAAAAAUUCUUCUGGUUCCAGCCCAAGACCUCCAACCCGCAGCGGCAGUCGACCUAGCAGCUCUGAUUACUGUGUCUCCUCAUCCUGUAAGCAAGGGUUGCAUUAUGAAGUAAUUUAUCUUUGCAACUUUCAAGUAGAUGCUUUGUUGCGGCACCGUGAACAUACUCACAUAUAUCUUUGCCAUUCAUCCUGAAAGACACAUACCUUCUACCAUUGAUCUGAACACAUAAUAAAUACAGGUUUGGUGAGCUGCCACCAUACUUAAGCAAACAAUUUAUGAAUAAUGUGCUUAUGUAACACACCUAGCAUGAACUACGUGCAGAACAUACUUUGUCCUAACGCUCCUGUGGAUCUGCUUUGAAUGGCACAUGUUAUAUUAAGGAACAUAUUGAGUUUCUCUUGCUUAAGUUAGAAAUCUAAGUUUAUUUGAUACUUUUCAUUUUAUUGUGGUUUUAGUCUGCUAAAAUGUGUUACUUGUGGAAUAUUGUAUCAAACAACUGGAAAUGUAGAACCGGUCUUGUUCUGCUUUUUUCUGAGGUAGUUGAACUUUAUGUAGCAUUUUUAAUUGUUUCACUUUAAGCAAGGUCUUUGGUCCAAGGACAUACCCCGCAAGUGCUUUUUUAGCGUUAGUGCAGGAAGGUCCAUCCCUGGUAUUAUUUUUUCUUAGGGUGUAGGGUAAAUCUCUAACCGGGGUGUUCCCGAUGGGAGUAGCUGGAAGGAGGCGGUGUUGUCUAGGCUUUCUGGGACCCUUUCUAGCUCAGGGAUACCAUUUCCCCACUGUGGACUGUGACAACACAGAUCAAAAUGAAAUUGAUAAAUUCACAAAAGCUGUGAAAUGGCUGAGAGACUUUAUCCCUUUUUUGGAUGAGGUCAAAAUGAAGAUCAGACAGCCAACUAAGGUACAAAGUAACUGCUGAGGCCAAAAUCACCACAGAAAGCUAUUCUAAAGUGUAGAGAUUAAAGGAGGAAUAUUAACAUUGAUGACUAAUUAAUUCCUUGCUAUUGCCUAUUGUAUAAUGAGUUUUCAUAAUUGGCAGCCCCCCCUUUAUAGUACCCCCUUUUUGUUUCAUUCAUAUUAUUUCUUUUCUGGGCACACAGCCAGGUUUCACUUCUAUGAUUGCAGGCCUGUUAUAAUUGUACCACUGUGUGUUUACCAUUAUGUAUUACACUUGCUCCUAAUGUCCUGCUAAUGAACAAAGAACUAUACACAAAUUUAUUUAUAGGUUUGCAUAACUUCGUUUUUGUUUGUAGCACUGUUCUGUUGCUCAGACAAGACAAUCUAAAAGUAAACCAAUAACAAAGUGUAGCAUAAUUCAAAAUUGUAAAGUUGAAUGCUACAGGCUAACUGAAAAGCUGAGAGAGGGACAAGCAAAGUUGCCACUUAUAUUAUGUAGUUUUUAGCAAAUUCUUGGUGUCACUUAUUCAUAGCCAGGGUCAGUAUAAAUCACCUGUUGAAAAAUAUGCACUUGAUCCUUUUGUGGAAUUUUGGACCCUCUUAUGAGGAUUGUUAUAUCUAUUCUACAGAAGAGUCAUUUGGCAGUAAUUACAAGCACCGUUAAAACAUAUAUCUCUGUAGGAGACAGGGUAAAUGUUCUCCAAAUACGGCCUCUCUUAAAGUGACUAAACUGCUGAAUUCCAUCACAACAGUAAAACACAAAUGUGCCCCUGUUGCACAUUUAUAAAUAUUCUUUUGGCAAAGAUUGAUGGGCACCGCUUUAUUAAACUUUAGGACAUUAACUGCCUGGUAAAAAAAAAAAAGGUAUAAAGUCCGUGCUAUAUCUAUACAAUGCAGCACAUGAGAUUGGCUUUUAAAUGCAUGUUCAAUAUCUAAAAGACACCCUUGUUACAAUCUGCUGCCUUGUUGAACUAAAGCAAUUAACUCUUAUUCCCCAAGAGCUUGAAUUCUAUUACGGACACAGAGGUGGACACUGAAAUUCGGAUAUGGUUAAACACUCCAACUUCUUGUUUAGAAACAUUACUAUCACUGGCUAGCAGUCAUGACUCCUAUUCCAAAGCAGUUCAGGGCACUUCGUUUUCCAUGCUGAUGAAUCUGAAUACAAGUUCUCUUUUUCUGUUUUAUUGCACAAUGUUAAAAGAAAAAGGAGCUUUCUCCAGGCUUUCACAUGGCAUAUAUUCCAGGUUCCCUUUUGUGCUGGUGUAAAAUUUUGAAAGUCAACUGUCCAAUAUUCUAGUGUCCGCACUGUGACCUUGGAACAGGUGGCACUUAACUAGGAGAGAUUUCAGUUUGACAAAAUAUGCUCUUGAUCAGACAGGAAAUCAUGCUUCCUGUAUCUUUAGCAGGAAACUGGGUAAUAUCCAUAGAACAAAUACUGUAGCAAAAUGGUAACUUUUUCUUCAUUGUAUCAAAUCUAUAUGGGAAUUACUCUUCAAAUAGAUGUAGUGUAAGGAAAGGGAACAGCUCGAAUUAACUAUUAUUCUUAUGAUAUUUUUGUAUUAGAAAAACAAAAUCCCUUAAUAUGGGGAGUUUUUUUUUUGUAAUCUUUUGUUAACUGUCAAGAGGCAUGUUAAUAUUUUAAAGCAUACAAACAUAUUGGCACAUAUAUAUAUAGAAGAUUCUGUAUCACACCUCUGAGGCUUUGUUCUAAUUUACAUGAUUGAAUCUUUUUUUCUUUCUAUAUUUUUUUUUAUAUUUCAUAAUGAAGUUUGUUGAAAGUUUCAAAAUUUAGGGAAUGGAUACAGAAACAUUACAUGAAAACUGCAUUUAUAUUUAGGGAUGCACUGAAAUGAAAAUUCUGGAUGCCCUUGGCCGAAAACCAAAACCAAAACCGAAAAUAACUUUUCCCCCCAAAUGAUUUUAAAAUAGUUUUUUCUAUAAUUUUAUUAAUAUAAAAAGGAAAAUAAACAGCCUUACAUAUGUAACUCUAUUGUUAUGGGCCAAUAAGUUUCAAUUGGUCCCUUGCCUGAGCAUCAUGCCAAAUGCAGACCAAAACAAACACUAAUACUGUGCGACAGCAGUAGAGUGGCAACCCACAGGUUGUGCGUGAAAGGGGCAGGGUGGCAACCUGCAGCUGGCAAAGGGGAAGGGUGGCAACCUGCGGCUGGCAAAGGGGUAGGUGGCAACUGGUGACUAAAAGUGGUACAGUGGCAACUUGAGGACAGUACCUAACUUGCCAUGGUGGCAACACACAGCCGGUGUAAAAUUAAUUAAUAAAUCAAUGUGUCCACUACAGAACACUUUUUACAUCUCACAUAUAUAAUAUUAUUUGCAGAUUGCCCUACACUGCUCUGGUUCUAGUUGUCCUUCCUCAUGAAUAUGUUUACAAUAUAAAGAUACUCCAGCUUUAGUACAAUCAAUCCCGGUCUAUGGGAGUCCUCAGCUGACAUGGACUGAGGUCAGCCAAUCCUGGUACAUCUCUCGUCUCCUGUAAAAUAUAUUCUGACCUCUCCAGACACAUCAGGAUGGAUUUCUAGAGAAUAAUUCUUCACAGCCCAAUACAUCCCACACACAGGGCUCAGGGACUCUGUACUACUUCUGAACCCGCCUGUAAGCUGGACAAACCCGGGCAAAGCUCACCACAGACACCCUGCCAUGACACACAGUGCCUGUAUACUAGCCGCUCCCUCAUACCCGGUCCUACCUCACUCUCCAGACAGCAACAUGCGCAGCUGGAUAAAGCUCCCGGUUCCGCGUCCUCCCUGACAUGCGCACACGCAGCGCAUCUCCUCUUUGUGACUCCAUCGUCCGCGUCUUCCACAACUCCCGAAUUUCACUUCCACAUCAGAGAGGAGAAUUUGGCGAGACAAACGCACCGGGAGAGAUGGGAUGUCUGUGCACGCGGUGGAAGGGAGGGGUAUAGUUUUUGGAAGAUUUGACACUUUUUCGGACGAAAUGAAAUAGGCCCAUUUUCGGAUGAAAAUUUCGGUGCAUCCCUAUUUAUAUUCUUUGCACAAUGCUGCUGUACUUCAGUUGUCCAAUUCUAAAAGAGCCUCUGAUUGUGGGAAAUGCACAUAUUAAGUAAACCUUGAAUUGAAAAUUGGAUUGCAAAAUGUAAGCAAAAAUAGCCAAGGCCACAGCUAGUGUGUGUGUUCAUUCUAUUCCACAUUUCCACUUUGAUAGUAGGCAUCUUAUUAUAUUUUACUUACAUAUGCCAUCAUUGGAUUAUAUGUAUAAACCAACAUAUUCUUCAGACUUAAAUACAUUGAGUGAAGGGCAUAGCAAAACUAAGCUCUACACAUACAAACUAGUAUUAGCUACUGAUAUUUCUACCUGCAAGCUUAUGUUCUGAAGUCAAGCUUGUAAUCUAGUUCCUUCUUGAGUAGUGACGUAUAAACUUGUGAUUUUGAUACAUUAAAUUUGAUUAUCACACUCUUUCUCCUUUUCUUCACAGCUGUUGAAUCAGAAUCAUCUCAGCUCUUCUCACCAACAAGUCGGUCAGACCAGCAUGGGACAAUGUCCCCAUCUUCACCUCGCAUCUUGGACUUAGGCUUGGAGAAGAGUAAUGGACAUGCCAGCAGGUCAAGGCUCUACUACUUAAUAUAUUUCCAUAUACCACGUAACAUGCUUUUGUACAGCUGAUCGCAGUGUAGAAGAAAACACAUGUCACUCUUUAGACGAUAUGCAAAGUCCUAUCACAUGUAGAAAAAUACUUAAUAUGAAUGGCAUUGUACCACAAUACAACAUUUUAUGAGAACUACUAUGGUCUAUUUCUCUGGAGCCACCAAGUUACCAUGUUUCUACAAAUGUUUUGAAAGCAUGGAGUGUGACAAAAUGUUUGUGUAGUAUAGAUUUGAGUUGCUGAAAUGCUGACAGUGAUCCUGGGAAACAGUUUUGUCUGGUCAAUUAUUUAGCAAACGUACAUCUUCAGGUCACAUUGAUAACCAUAGCUCUCUCUUCCCUUAAACAGCAGAACCUGGCAAGCACGCAGCCCAGAGGUACACAGUAACAACCCUCGAAAAUCCAAGACCCCUACCAUUGCUCCACAGUUUUCUCAGUCUGGCCCGCAGCAAACCAGUCGUCCUACCUCAGCUGGAUCUUCCACUCGUAGCAGACAAAGUAAGUACAGACAAAGUACAGGCGUGGGUCAUUUUAUGUAAUGUAUUCCCUGUGUUUAACUGAGCAGCUACAAUGACAGGUGGCUGCUCUAUAAAUACCCAGGAUCUGCUGCUUCUGCAAGUAAUGGAUUAUAUUAUAUUUAAUGAAUUAGAUUAAUCAUAGUGCCAUAAUACCUCUCGGAAAGCUGCACUUUCACCAUAAAUGUGUCCUCUACUUUAGUGGUUUCCAAUCCAGUCUUCAGGGAACAUCGAAGGUCCAAUUUUUGUCAGUAGCCCCAGUGGGCAAUAAAUGUGAAUUAGCUAUAUUCAGGACUGUUGGUGUGCAUUGAGGACUGAGUUAGAAACCACAGCUAUACGCCAGGGUUUAAAUACAUGAUAUGUAAAGCAUGCAGUAGAGUAACUAAUAGACUGCUCUCCACUAGUCAAAUGUGCCUGUACAAGUAAUUGGAAGAAGGCAAGUGCUUCCACUCACUUGCACAAAUAAUUCUUAUAUAUUAUUUAUUUAUUUUAUGAAUUAGAGGUCAGGAUGUUUUUUGAGUGGUUUGCUGUGUUUUUAUACCUAUCCAUUAAAUAGGUAUAUUUUAAUUUUAGUAGAAUAUUUCCUAUGAGAGGCAUGCUGGGCUGAAUCCAGAACUGAGCUAGUUGCCUUCUGGCCGCUAGGGCUAGUUUGUGGAGAAAAGCCUGUUUUGUUUUCAUCCUGUUAUCUAGAGACUUAGAUAAUAGAAAAACCCAUGGGUGUAGGUCUAUGUGUUUAUGAAAAAAUCUAGGAAGCGAGGUUACUAAUUUACCUACAAAAUACAGUCACCUGCAUGCAACUCCACCACAUGUAGCUAUGCAUUGCCCUAGUCCCACAUAUUCUCCAACACAGAUGUGUCCGUUUUUUUUUUUUUGCAUAUGAUACAAUUUAAAAGGUGUGGUGUACAAUCUAAAUUGUUUCGUAAGAUUGUUCCUGCCUUGUUAUGCAAAUGGUAGUUUUGGUAUUUGCCUCUCAUAUAGCCUGCCAGUCUGUACCUUCAAGUAACUCAUUCAACUCUUCUUCCCACUGAUCGGUAUAGUGUAGUCUACCCAGUCUGUUAUGGUGGAGCAUAGAUGGGAAUAUAACAUAGUGAUUAGGCCUUUGUGAUAUGAUUUGGCCUUGCAUAAUAUUUCCAAAAAAUUGAGUUGUGUAAGGGCUGCUCUCCUAUUAUGUCAUUGUUGGUUCUUUGAGUGUUCCUGUACAUAAAGUGGUAAAUAUCAAAGCCCAUCCAAAAACAGUUAUAAUACAAGCACAACUUGGUAAUGGGUAAAGCUUUGAAGCUGGUUGUGCAUGACAGUACAGUCCAUGUACCACUAAUUCAGUCAUAUACAAUAUCAAUGCAAGAGUCAUUGGACAUCUCAAUCUUGGUCUAGAGACAUUCCUAAACACUUUAAAAUAACCAAGAAUGAUUCUCUUUUCUAAGAGAGAAGGGUUGGGGCCAAAACCACGUGGUUUUGUUCAGGGAUAAAAAUAAUUAUUUUUAAAUGAAUAGGUUUUAAGUAGCAUUCUAAGUACCAAUGGAUUACUUCAAUAUUUUAUGUUCUUAUGAAUCAGGUCUCUGUAGAUUAGAUUUUUGAAAGAAAAAGCACUUUAGGCUUUCUAUUGUGGACAAGAUCAAUAGGAUUCCUUCAACAGUACCAAAAUAUGCCAUUGCAUUACUAGUGACUGGGUUAGUCAAUAAAGUGAGGAUUGUUGGGGAUUCUGAGUGAAUUCUAAUCAAAUCUAAAAUGUAAGGCCAAAGUAACCGAAAUGAAAGCAUAGGUAAUGCCGAGAAGUUUUCCACUUUGGUUCCUUUGACUUUAAAUUUGAAAUCCACUUUGAAUUCCCACUUUAGUGAAUGUCUAUGUGAGUGUCUUUUUCUGCUUACUGUAAAAAAAAUUACAAGGUGUUAAAUAUGUAUUAUGUUAAUUUUCAUAUAUAAUUUUAAUGUAAAAAAAAAAAAAGUAUAUUUCACUGAUAGCCAUGUUAUGCAUAAUAUACUCCUGUUUUGAUUGCUUUAGAGGAGACAGUGGUAUAACUGAUAUUGCAUACAGUAUGUGUUCAUUGUAAACAUUGGCUUGCAAGUGCAAGGAGAUUCUGCUAAUUCAUUCACUGUGACAUUACUUCAAGCUCUUUCCAGCACCAGGGACCAGUGUAUAAACUAUGUUCUUAUUAUUACAAUUUCUGUUCAUCCCUGUAUUCUUUUCUCUUGCAGGCAGCCAGUCCUAUAGAAAAUGAGGACAGGUCAUCUCCCUAGGAUCAACAGCCUGCAAGGCUCCCUGUAAGCACACCCUCUGUGUCCGAUGCACUGGAUAAAAACAGCAGAGUGAUCCAGUUGGAUCUUUAACCUAAUCAAGCUCACCUAGAAUAUACCCUGACCUGUCUGCCCCUCGUUGGACCAAAAUCUAUGCCAGCACAAUAAAGACUGGAAAAUGAGUAUAUACACUAAAAUGAAACAUUUCAGUUAUCUGUUGUGCAGGUUUUUCUGACCAUCUUGGUUGGGAGAGACAAUUUUUAAUUAUGAAUGUUAAUUUAAACAUUUUGCAACUCAUACAUCAUGAUUGUUGGAUCAUUUUACAGAAAUAGCACAAUCAUGAUAGAUAUUUUCAGUGGAUUCAUAAUCACUUUCCAGUAAAUCCUCUUAUAUAAUUUAUUUAUAAAACAAAAGCCCAACAAUAAUCUUGUUCCAUUCACCUGCUAUGUGGGGGUAAUGCUAUCAUUUUCCAUUACUCCUCUUUCCUUUAAUCAGUGUAAGUGUGCCUCUGCACCUCCCGAGCGUUCCUCCUUUACAUAACUCUACAUAACUUCUAAUGCUAAUCUGAUCUCUUAAUAUACUCUAUGGAUCUGCUCACUAUCGUUCCUGUUGAUGCAUACUCUCUCUCUACAUCUUGUUUUUACAAAUAAUUCCUUUCGUUAUGUGCCAUAGUAGUUUCAUUUUAUUUAUUUCUUUGCUGCAUUUUGGCAGUUCUUCUCACAUGAUCAAUCCCUUACUGUGGCAGUUUAUUUCUUUAAUUAAAUCACAGUUGCAGCCAACAAGCCUUCCUAAUCCACCAAUAUAGUUGGUGGUAUGGUAUGGUAUGAUGGCAUAUAGUAUGGCUGCGUAAGAUUUUUGUAGAUUCUUUUUCUUUCACCUUAUUGGUUUGUCUCAACCUCUCUGUACAAAUCAAAUAUCCUGCAAAAGGAGACUGAACAUUGGUAGACAAUUUGUUAUUAUGGGACACAGGAUUUAUAAAUACUAUGUAGGGUUCCUGAAUAGAAUUAAGAAAGGUUUCUGAAUGUCUGUGACUGUCACAUCAUUUUUUAUCUGGAUACUUCCAAAAUCCUGUGUACACAGAACAGCUGAAUAGAUCCUUCCAGCGCUUGCAGAAUGGUACUGGAGAACGCAAGAUUUUUAGGUUUGUUGCCUCGUUAAUAUACCAUAAAUGGCUUCUCUGGUUUGGUGGGAGGUGUUUAUUUAUUUAUUUAUUUGUUGGGGUUCUGUGAAAAAGGCUUUCGUGAAUGUAUAUAGAUUAAAACUGAUUUUUGUACUGAUACAUUUAAUAAAUAUCAAUUUUAGAAUUUUCA